AGCACUGGGAGAGUAGCGCCAUUCAUCAGAGCAGACCGCGGGCACACCUGGUCGAACAGAGGAGAGCACUUUCGCGACUGAAACGGCUCCUCACAGGUGAGUUUGCAACUUAAUUUCGACUCUUACUCAAAUUUUAUCGACUUUAAACACUCAGAGAAAGUUUGACAAGAGGAAAAUAAGUACAACGGUUACAGCGAAAGUUGUAUUUUUAACGCAAACAAGCUAUCUACCAACGGUUAAUUUUGACGUUCACGCUAUUGACGUGGAAAGAGUGCCAGAGAGGGAAGUUUUAUCCGCUGUUACGCUAACUCUAUUGUCUCCCUACCUGUCAACAGCACCCGAGUUAAUCACUUGAGGAAUGCGGUGCCAUUAGGACGGGAGCUCAGAGCUAAAAGUCACGUCAAGUUUUACCCUUUUAGUUUAAUUUCUAACACUUUAAAGAGACUGAAAAGUGGGCCAUGGCAACAGGCGGGUUUAAGUCAAACGCCACAACAGACUUUCUGGAGGAGUGGAAGGCUAAACGGGAGAAAAUGAGAGCCAAAAUGCUGGGGGACAUCGCCGCAGCCACUGGUGCUCCCUUGGGUGCCAGCAACACAAACAGCAGCAACAACAGCAGCAGCCGCCACGCUCCUCCACUGGGCAACGAGCUCACUAACAACCCGGACCGAACCGCCUCUGCCGGGAACUGCCACCCCUCCUCCUGCUCGGUGUCUCGGUCCUCCUCUGGCACGGCUCUAAAGAGACCCGAGGAGGAGACGCACCACCCUGCCCACCACUCCGCUGCCACCCCGGGGAGCAACCUGAAGAAGGCCCCGCCUCAGCAGAUGGAGAAGGCUCCUCAGUGUGCCACCCCGGACCCUAGCCCCAUGGCGUGCAACGACAGUGACAAAGAGAGUCCAUCACCCAGCAAAGUGAAGGAGAAGAGCUCUGGACCCAGCGCCAGGAAGGGGAAAGGGCAGAUCGAGAAGAGGAAGCUGAGGGAAAAGAGGAGAUCAACAGGUGUUGUCAGCAUACCAUCCAAUGAGGUGAGUCAACUCCAAUUAUGGAUGCUAUCAUGUCACUUUGAGAAGAUCUAAGCACAUGAUCACAGCUUAUUUUUAGCAGACAAGAGGAUUGUCUAAGUCCUGUCACCAUCUUUCUGAACAUCUUGGGAACAUUGUUAGGCUAUGAAAGACACAAAUACUGUAACAAAGAGUCCUCACUCCUCUCAUGCUCCAGUAAAAGGCAGAGAUGCAAGGUUGCAGAGUUUCUCAGGCCACUGUUAGUGUGUGCCUACCUAUGACAAUACAUACCAAAACAUCUUAAAUUAAAACCCUUCAACAAAUUUCACAGUGAACUAUUUAUUCAUAAUUUUUAAUCAGUAUUGGAGGUGUUUUUAUUCAGAUAUUGUCAUAAAGAAUGGCUGUCAUGUGUCAAUACAGCCCACUAUGAUAUUUUCCAGUUUCAGACCUCAUUAAAUAAAUUUUGAAUAGAUUUCUGCAGGUUGAAUGUCAAACAAAACACCAGGAGUGCAUUAUAAACACUAAAUCUUGGCUAGAAAGCCCAUUGAAGUCACAUAUUACAAGAUGGACUAAGAGAAACAUUUAAAGAAAUUGACAUGGCUUGUCUCUGGUAAUUGGUGGUGGACAAGUACACAACUUCAUUGGUGUAGAUACUCCAGGUCAAAUAUUAAUCCAAUAUGAGUUAAAGUGGCUCAGUCAAGAAUCACUUGAAUUCAGUGAAGGGUGUAUUUGCUUUAAAUACUGAAACUACUUUUCAAAACAUGAAUACAGCUACAUUAUAUUCAUUUAUAAAACAGUUUUUUAUGUUUUUGGGAGUUAAAAUUCUGCAUAUUUCCAGAUCCAAAAAAAGGGAACAAUAACAGGAUAAAUCAGUCACAAAGUCACUACAAAAACAGAAAACUCAGUUUAAAAUGUUCAUCUCAGACAUGAACUCAAAAUUUGGUCAGGGGUGCUCAUGUAGAGAGCUGAAGCCAUCCUUACCAAAACUAGAUGAACCACCUCAUUUGAGUUUGUUCUGUGUUUCCUCUACUUUAAACAACACCAGCACAGUUUAUGGGUUUCAUGAGCGGUUGUAGAAGUGAAAAUCCACCAACCGACCUCAGAGUAAAGGUAGGAAGUAACAAGAACAUUCAAAGAAAUAAAGUGGACUCUAAAUGUUUAAUUGCAGUGAAGUAAAAGUAAGAAGUAAGUGCAACUACAUCUCUGACAUCCCUUUGCAAUAUGUGAUUUCUCACCAGCCGACAUCACUACAUAUACAUUUUUGAGAGGCUUACAUCAGUCUGUAAUACCGGCCCUCUUGAUUUAUUGGUCUGGCUCUUAUCUAGAACAUGUUACUGGGCAUGCUUUUACUUGUGCCCACAGAAGUAAUUUUUCAAUACCAUCAAGACAUCCAAGUAUAGACGGACUUAUUGGAGUUGGUUUAAGGGUUAGUGGAAGGUAACAAAUGACUUCUAAAAGCUCAGUCCUUGAAGUUUUUGACAGUUGGAUACAACAUGGAUGUCCUUUUUAGGGUUAGUUUAUGCUGCUGCAGUUUGGCAUUUUUUCUCUCAGAACUUUAAUUCACUUCAGAUUUCUUGGCAGUCUCUCUUCUCAAACAUCUCAGGAACAUGUCAGAACACAUUCUCAUUUAAACACGUUUUCCCUGUGUGCUGUAGAUCUAUAAAUAUUUCACAUGCAAAAAAAAGAAAAAAAAAAGGGGCUGUUUUCCAAAAGUCUCCAAAUUCCUCCCAUACAUGUGUCUGGUUUAAUCGACCCUCUGCAGCGAGAGAAAUGUUCGCCACCCUCAGACGUAGGAGAAAGGGGGAGACGAGAAGGAGGGAGCGAGAUGAAUGGAGAGCGGAGGAAAGAAUGGAGGGGUUGUCGGCUGCUGGUGGCGACAUUCGGUUAUCCAUUGUUAAUGAAUUAUAAUCAUGUCACACUCUUGCCCAUGCCUGUGGUUCAGACGCACGCAGGAACCCUGAUAUGAAGCUGUGCCAGACAUCAAGCCAGCUAUGGCCUCUGAUGCACACACUGAAAAGCACUCAAUGUACAACCACAGUUCCAGGAAUGUUGGGAAUCAGCGUUAAUGUUAAUAUACAGAAGAAUUUUAUGGAUUUGAGUUCUUUUCAAAGCUAUACUAAAUAAAAAUAGUGCACAGACAAUAAAUAAAAUAGUAAAACGAAAGAAUUUUUAUUGUUUUAAGACAGGGCUUGACGCUAACUUUUUCCACAAGGAGUACAUAUGUGUCUUAUCGGUCGACAUAAGUACUAUUAUUUGAAAUCAAUUUUAGGUCUUUUGGUAACAUGACAUGGAAGCUAUUGAAGGAAAGGUUCAAAAUUUGCCUUUAAAUUUAACACAAACAUUUUCAGAGGACAAAUUAGGGGGGAAAAAAAAGGUGUGUCUAUUUUCCGACCUUAGUUCUAUUAUUUGAAAUCAAUUUUAGGUCUUUUGGUCACAUGACAUGGAAGCUAUUGAAGGAAAACAGCCUUUUUCUGAGAACAACAACCAGUAAUUUAUUGACGGUCCCUUAUUCAACACCUGACGUUGACAGCAAGGGUGCCGAGUAGAUUUAACCGCGCUGCUGUUCCCAGUUAUGGAGAGUGAGAAGACACCGGUAGAUCUGCUGUGAAUGUCCGCCGAAUAUCCAACCUAAAACUAACUUCACUGCAGUUUUUACAUGAAAAAACAUUUGUUGCCUCGGCCAAUUUUUUAUAUGCGCAAAUGUGCCCCUAAAUACAAUUCACAAUUCGCACACAUCUAUUUUUAGUCGCAAAUGUGAGUGAAAUGGUUGCACUGUCAAGCCCAGUAAGAACAUGUAUGUGCUCAUGUUUAAGUUAACACCAGCAACAAAUGUCAUGAAAAGAUGGGUCAGGAAUGUAUUUACCAAUUGUGAGUCCAUGCAGUGAUUUCCACUUCAGAGUCAUGUCUGUUCUCAGUGCAGUGCUACCCAAAGGCUAAAUGUAAAGGAAAUCCUCAGAGAGAGACUGAGCAAAUUUCAGAAUAAUGUUCUACAGUGAUAGAGUGGUGAACCUCUUUUAAUCUUUACUUUGAAAGACUGAGCCUCUCUUGAAUGACCCUUCUCUCCUUUUUUGCAUGACACGACUUUAUCAGUGUUUUAUUGUUCCUGUCCCAACAGUUUUGUAGCUUGUUGCUGGUAUCAAAUCUAAAAUGAGCAUGAGUUUUGAGAUUGGGUAUGUUGCCUUUGCACAACUUCCAGUCAAAUAUGUGGUUGUAAUGAGUUGCAAACCAUCAAGUUUCAAGUUUUAUUAAAACACUUUUUCACAACUUUUUAAAAAAAUUGAUGCUCUAUAUAAUUUGAUGGAAUACAUGUUUAUUUCUACAAGUGAUGGUGGUUUUAAACAUUUCAAAGUUCUCUUAAACCACAGCACUUCCCAUUUUCCCAUCCAUCCCCGAAACUCAUUGCCCUCAGGGAAGCACGACUUGGAGUUUGACCAGUUCCUCGGCUGGCGCUCCACAUCCUGUUAUUAGGUGCUCAGCAGUGCCGAGCAAAGCCGUUUGAAAACUGGUCACAUGCCAGGCUGUAAUACUGGGCUUCAAGCACCCUGGGCUGUGCCAGAUAUGUUUGAUUGAGCCCAUAGGCAGCUGAUUAUCGAGUAAAGCGAGCGAGCGGGCUAUUACUAGGGGAGGUGGGAGGUAAUCCGAUGAAGUGGCGAGCUGAUUUGUGUCAGUGUGGCAAAGGGAAAUAACUUGAAGCUUUGAUCCCAACUUUAGAGCUCUGGGUGUAGCACAGUUUGUUGGGGCUGCUUACCUGUCAGAUACAUAAGUGUGUUUAUCCCCACUUGCAAAGUCCUGAAAAGGCUGAUGAGAUCCCAGAUAUGGCGGUUGGAUAGAAAGGUGUGACCACGAGCAGGUGUGCUUUCAUAUGUAGUUAUCCAACACGCAGUUAAACAGGAAUUGUGAUAAAGAAAGUGAAAGUCUGACUGGAGUAGAAAACUUUCCUGCUGACUCAGAGUUUGAUGCCGUGUUCAUUGGUCUUUUUUUAAAUGCAUGCAAAUGUACUGAGAGUGAAAACGACCAGUGUAGAGGCGCCACAUUUUAAAGCUUUUCUCCAACGCUUGCUCCUGAUUAUGCAUUUCAAGUAAAUGUUGUUGUAUUGCGGAGUGCUGAUUUGAUUGAAAAGACUGCUUGGUUUAUUACAAGUGACCACCAGAGAGCGAUGGCACAAGUCAAUCGCAGUUAGGUCGCUUUCACACCAGAGCUGUUUGGUCCGCUUUAAACAGACUAGAGUUAAUUUCCUCGGAUAGUCUGCUUUGUCUGGGCUGGUGUGAAAGCUCAUCCGAACUCUGGUGCGGACCAAACAAACGAAGUCUGGUCCGCCUGAAAACGUGGGUCUGGUUCGGUUCGUAUGCAGUGUGAAAGCUCACCGGACCAAACACAGGACCAAAUGCACAUAAUGACGCUAUACGCAGUGCAUACGCAGUGCACCUUGGGUAGAGGAAGCACGGCGUCCCUUGUUGCUAUGGCAACAAGCGACCGUUGACAUUAGCAGUUGCUAGCUAGCUUAGCUCAAUUGUCUGAACAACAAUAACCCAUAGAUUGACAAUUUGGUGUAUUUAAACAAAAUCAAAUCACAACUACCAACAGUCACAGUCCUUAAACUCUGAGCUCAUAUGUUUUCACAUGUUAGAUCGUUAAAGUUAGAAAAAUAGCAGGAUCAAUCCCUGACAAGCUACUUUAGCAUUAUAGGAACAGUUGCGUUUACUUACAUUGUAGCAUUCCAUAAAAUAAUGUGACGAAAGCACAAUACAAGACGGCUAGUCCACCCCUGUUUGUAAUCCGUGAGGUUACAUACCCCUCCUACUUUGUCCAAUCGAUGAGCACCCCUUUCGAUCACGUGAUGCUGCUCGGAAAGUUUGGUGCACUUUAGAAAUCACAGUGUGCAAGCAGAACCGAAACAAGUGAUAAAUGCAACAAUGUUGCGACUUUCAGCUCCCCAAUCGAACGAGUCUGCUUGGUCAGGUGUGAAAGCGACCUAAGUCAACUAUCAGCCCUACUGUAGGCUGAUCUCAACUACCCGGCAGGAUGAUAAAAGCAGAUGGCAACUCAACCUAGUGACUGCACUUUGCCAAACAUUCACACAGGAACAUAGUUCGAAACCUUUUACCAAGAAACGGAUUCUUCUUUCUUCGCCUGACUGAUUAUCACGGUAGGCCCCUCUGCAAACUCCCCGAGCGGCGCCUAUUAACCUCCAGACACUCGUAAUUCUCACACGUGUCAUGAUCGCUUACUCAGUGUGCUGUCUUCAAAGAGAUGUUUUUUUUCAGCAGCUCUGUUGACUUUUGACUCUUCCACAAAAAUGACAUCAUUCAUAUCCUGCAGAGAUUCCGGCUCAGGUGACCUUGGACCACAUGGGCCCCCAAGCUUUUGUGGAGCACGUCUGUGCAGUUGUCCAUGUCAAGAUAUUUCAGAACUACAGAAGUUCUGCAAGUUUUGGAAAUCAGAGAGAAACAGAAACACCAAAAAAUAGGCAGCAUAGAAAAUACUUUUGUCGAUUGUUUUCCAGUUGCAUUUAGAGGAAGCACACUAUGCAAAUGAGGGCGCCCCUCACACAAACUGUCUUUGUGAAGUGGAUAUGAGUGGACAGGUAUGAAUAGGGAUGCUUUGGAUUGUGUCCCUGCUGGUUCUGCGCAGCAUAAUAGCUCGUGAACAGGAUUGUAGAGCAUCAUGGGAACCCAAUCUUCUGCCUGUUGAGGCCAUAAUGGCUCGAUAAAAGCUCCAUACUUGACUGGAGAAAAGACGCUUCUGCACAGCAUCAAUCAGGAGGACCUCCUGUGCCCCCAGGAAGGUGUCUCCUUUCUGUCACCCUGUUUGCUGUCUUAGUCUGGAGGGCGUUGUUGUUUAUACUGACCUUUGACCCCUUCGUGGCAUGCUUAUGCAACAGAAGAAUGCAGAAAUGAGAGUGAGUGUUUCGAGGUUUGAGUUCAUGACUCUGAAAUGUUUUGGGUUAUGAUGUAAGCAUGUUUCCCAUCGGACACGCUGCACGCUGUCUCCCGGUGAUUCAUGUGGCUCGUUGUUCUGCCUUUUUUUUGUUUUUUAUGACCUCGGUGAGUUAUGAGGCUGUGGUCACCCUUUUCCAGACGGAGUGUUAGCUUUGUUUCACGUGGAUUACUGGAGCCUCUGUCCUCACAGAGGCUACUGCUGCCGGGGAGUGUGGAGCCUCACAGAUAUUUGUCUGCAGCGUCACUGGGGAGGUCAAAAGGUUCAGUGUGCGAUACUGUGCCGAGUGCACAGGCACUUAACAUCCUGUUAGUGGGAGCGCAUGGCAGACGGGAGCCUCCUUAUUUAGCCUGGUAGGUUGUAAAUGUAGUGGGUUGUUUGUUUAUAUCAUUUUUUUGGUGUCAACACUCCAGUAUCCUAACACUUGUCUUAAACACUGCUGUCAAUGCAAUAAGUGAGGCAUUAUAAGCUCAUGCUUGUAACGGAAACUCAAUAUGUCAUGAUUUGACAUCAAUAGCAAAGCCUAAUGUACAUUAAGUUAGGGAUGGGGAUUGUUGGUAUUUUAUUGAUAUCAAUGCCAUUAUUGAUUCUGCCUCUCGAUCUAAUUCUUUAAUGAUUCCCAUAUCAAUGCCUUUCUAAAAAAAAUAAAAGCUAGACUAUAGGUUUUCUCUGGUAACUCAAACUUUUAUUGAGUCUCUGAUUAUUUUUGGCAUACGUCUUUUUCUGUUAUCAAACAACAAACUAUUUGUACAGCAUUUACUUCGGUCGGUUUGAGUCAAAUUAGGGUGACCAUAUUCUGAAUCCCCAAAAAGAGGACACUACUAUGCCGGGCAGAGUCGGGUCGGGUCGAGUGUUUUUUACGCGCUUCUAAUUCAGUUAGUCCACGCUACACAAAUUCAAAACUUCCAUUCAAAACCUGCCGUCGUAAAGCCACGCUUUAGUUCGUUUCUGCCUACUUUUCGUACCAUUCGCCAUGUUUUUUUUACCUUAAAGGCGCUGUUCUCGUUCAUGUAUACUGGCUCACAAUAUUUCAGGGCACCCAUAAGAAGGAAUCGUUAAGAUAUAAUGUAAACGAUGUCGAUGAAUUGAACCUUUCGGAACCGGUUCUCAACAAGAACAUUAGAACAUUGGAUUGCAAUGUGCAUGGAUUAAUGGCUGUUUUGUCAUUAAAUUGUUAUAUUUUUUUAAAUGCAAAGACAAUAUGUUUUCGGCAUUAUAUCCACUACUGAAUGACCUGCUCCAUAAUUUUAGGAUCAAUGUCAGCAGUCACAAAUCCAGAAAACUAAUUUUGUCAACUUUACACCUCAGUUCCAGAAUCACAGAAAAGACAGCGUCUUUCAUAUUUUUCUGGUACGGCUGAUUCCUUUUUUUUUUUUUUUUUUAAGCUUUUUUUUUUCCACACAUCUUAAGAUAUGUUAAGAAAUUCAGAUGUCUGAUAUUACUUAAAGCAGGAAUUUUUUAAACUCUUUUUCAAAGAUGCCUUUUCACUUUAGAGGAUCUUUUGUACCCACAGCCAUCAGACUGUUUAAUUCUUCUGUGAGACAUGAAACUCCAGACAAUUGAAUUUCCUUUUGGGGAUCAAUAAAGUUCUUCUUCUUCUUUUCUUAUGAAGCAGAUUGAUUGAAGACUCUCUGUAAUAUCUUCUUGGCAUCAGUUGCUCUUUUUUCAGACAAACUUACUGCUGUAGUAGCAAGUAGACUCGUCACGACACCAGCACUUUGCUCCAACACUCUUGGAAGAAGUACAAUACUUGAAGUAAAAACUCUGUUAGUGGUUCAAACAGAAAUUGACUAACCAGCUACAAACUCUAUUCAACUACUUCUACUGAAUGCUCUGGAAACAAACUAGAUUUGACUAUAUUUGUUUGCAGUGUGUUUUAGAGCACGUGGUUUUGCUGGGCACUGUUGGCCUGGCAGUUUGGCUGUUCACCUCAUGAGUCUGCUGCCCUCGCUCCCCCACUUCUCCCAAUUUCUUGCUUUAUCCACUGUACUGUCCUCUCUGAAAUAAAAGCAUAAAAUCCCCCUUCCACCAAAAAAGUGUCAGAGUAUAAAACAUGUCGACAGCCUCAGUGGUCAGUGUUCUCAGUGUCACAUAGUCUUCUGUUUACAUCGCUUGCCUCGUUUUUGACCCUUAACCAAAAGUUUAAGAAACUUAAAAGAAGAUGCACGUUUCCUCAUUGUGGGAUCCCUCUUUCGCAGCAGUUUAUGCAAAUGCGUGUUACACCAGAUGAUUCCUUAUGCAUUGUCGGGUUGUGGCGGCAACUCUUUCAUCUGCCCGCUGCGGCAUGAAUAAGCGAAUGCCUUAAAUUCAAACACCCCGGCCUCGUCUCGUCUGCACCCUAAUUUGUUUCUGCUCCAUUUUAUCCCGUGCUGAAGUUCAGUGAAGAGUGAAGUAGUGCUGUUUGUUUGGAGACGGGCCAUGCCGAGAGCAGAUUUUGGACAACAUUAGAUCUAGUUUCACUCGAGUGCAGCUGGAGUGAACGCAUGGUUUCACACUGGUUUAAUUAAAUAGAUAGUAAUGAGUGUAUAAUGUUGCCAGUCUCGCAAUAGCAAGAGAGAUAUGAGAGAAAGAAAACCUGUUGUGAUGUGUUCUUUUCGCCUUAUUAGUCUCCGUGAUAGGAUUUUCUAGUCGAAUAAGUUUUCUAAGUUGUCAGAAAGUUGCGUGUGAAAAAUAAACAAUUACUUUUUGUCGUGGAGUGCGGUAAACUUAAAGAUCAACUCUUUUUGAUUUUGCUGCAAAUUAAAUGUAGAAGUAAAUUUUCUUCAGCAUGAGAUAAAAAAUUGAAUAAAUUUUGUGGUUUUUUAUAUGCACAGUCAUGAAGUUUGUAAAUUAGUCGUGUCUUUAAUCCUCAGUUUAAUUGACUCUCUGUAAAGUCCAAUUCACAGCUGCGCUAAAGAAUGCAAGAAUGUUAAUUUGCAUGACGCGGAGUGUGUUUUUGCAUGCUGUUAAAACCUUCUCCAAACAAGGGCACAUCAUCACAGCAAAUACCACAGGGAUUUACUCAUGGACUUAAGUAGGCACAGAGCUAUUUGGGCAGGGUGUUUUGUUUCCUUCUUUUCACUUGUUAGCCGAACAACAGGAAUGCUAAACUCCGUAAUUAAAACGCAUGUUUUCAGAGAGCGGAGUUAGCCCAGCCAGAAGCGCCCGUUUCCCAAGCAGAGCAUUUUGUUUGGUCGACUUAUUGGAAUGAACCCCGGAUUGUUUACGAGGGCCACUGUCACUGGAAGUGUUUCAAACCGGUGACUAAUGGGGAGAAAAGUCCCAGUCGAGCUGCUCUGUGAGAUUUGAGGGAAUUCCAGAGAAAGAGGAAGACAGAGGACGAGAGGAAGCACAGCUCGUCUACGUCCGUGAUGAAGUUAUUACCAGCUUGUCCCUUUUUUCCAUACAGGCAUCGUAGGGUCUCUCAACACCUCAUAAAAUACCCAGCACCCUUGUAAUGAGCCGUAGCAUAUGUUUUUGUUCAGUUUGUGGGAAUGUUACACAAACUUUGGUUCCCAUUGAAGUGACCUUUUGACCAGGUGAGCGCACAUUAGGCUGUCAGACGACAUCACAUCACUGGAUUAGAGUUGAAGAGGUUGUGAGAAGGAAAUGUGACGCGAGUUCGACACUAUAGUGAACAACUUUCCAUCUCAGUUUGAACAUCUCAGAUUAUACCCGCUCACUUUGAGACGGAUCUCUUAUCCCUGCAUCCUUGUCGUCUUGGUAUAACCUUGUUAUCCACGUGACACAAAUACAGGUAGCUAUGCAAAUGUAUUAAAUGGAUUGAAGCGUCUUCUCCUCCUUUUAAAAUAAUGAAACCUGCUCCAAUGUUAUCUUCCAUAACCUUCAGCAAAUUGAUUGACAUCAUCACAUUUAAUAGUGGCACACCCACGGGCGCACAUAGGAGCACAGGUGCAUUUUGUGAUUACAUAACAUGGGUGCUGGGCAGAAAAUACAACCGUGACAGUCGGGAAGUAGCACUGACAGUCACGCCGUGCAUAGCGUGUAAAAUGGAACCCAACUGGAUAUUUCUCUCAGUAUAAAUCAUAAAAAGAAGCACCUGUGUCUCCUUGUUACGAAUCAUAAAUUCAGAGAAAGAUCGAUCAGAGACUCACUUCUUCGUUUGGUUCUUCCUCUGUUGAUUCUGCCCGUGUACAAGAGGUAAAAUCAAUCAAAUGUUUGCACUGUCAGUCGUACAUAAUUAUCAAAGGUGUAAUAUUUCAAUAAAAAUACAACAUUAUUGUCAUAAUAUUCGUAUUGUCUUGUAAAAUUUCCACUGGUAUGUUUGGCAGAUAAGGUGACGUAAUUCUGCACGUGCAAUUACAGCUUAUGCAAUGGCAUGCCAGUAUUGUAAACAGACAACACAAUAGCUGUUUACAACGCGUGUGAAGCACAUGUGAUGCACGGAGGAGCAAAACAACUCCUUAAACGCCGUCACUUUAAUUGUACAUCUCAAAAACUAUUAUCAAUUGUACUAAGAGAGCAAGAAUAAAGAGAAACAACAGCCGACACUUUUUAGCCUUUACUGAUUCAACAAAACUCUAAAAAUAUAGAAGCAAAUAUAUUUCUGACUGAUACUUCAUACAGAAUACUCUUUUAUUUUCCAGUUAAAUUGAAAAAUUGUUUUAUUUUGUAUAUUUCUAAACAAAUAGACUGUCAAAAUAAAAGUAAUAGGACUUAUUCUAGCACAGGACAGACUCGGAGAAAAAAUGUGAAUACAUCAGCGUCUGUGUCACUGUUGCCUGAGAUAAGUUUGAAAAACUUGGCAAAAUCCAGUAUGGUGGAUCCAAUAUGGUUUCUCUUGAAAUCAAGAGCUUUGUGUAGAAAAAUAUAGCCAAAACACUGUUGUGUCUGUGUUGGCCUCUGUGUUACAGUAGUGAUGGAAGCGUUCAGAGGCAGAUCCUUUCCUUCCUGCUUGAUUUUUUUUUUGCUGUUGGAAUUUGCUGAUAUUUGCACGUUUAGUUCAAAGUCCUGUUUGAUCCAGGUCACCGCUCUUCAGUUAUGGCUGUUAAGGAGCACUGUGGAACAGAUUGUAGAUUAUUGCCAAAGUCCCCCCUCCUCCUCCCCAACUGCACAUCAUGCAUGCAGCAGAGUGCAUAGUCAUACAAACCUGCACUGCCGUUACAUGCACAUAACUCGUGAAGAAUUGAGACUGAGCCAUCCUGCUGGCCUUCAGGCACUCACUCUCUCAGUGAGCUUCAUCCCAAAAAUGUGGUCAGCUGAAGCUCAUAUUGUCCGCCUCAGUGUAGGAGACCACUCAAACUCAUCUGUUGGAUGAUCAGAUCAUUUAAUUACUCUAUGUACACACAUACAAAACACCUAAUAUUCCUGUUAAUUGUGUUUCUAAACAAGACACUAAUCAGAGCAGAAAUGAUUGAUCUUGAGGAAUUUGCAUCAGUGAGACGUUAUGAAGGCUGGGCUGAACAGACUGGUUCAGUGUGGAGCAUAACUCAUGUAAAUAUGUCACCAAAUCAUUUCUGUUUUGUCUUUAGGGGAGCGUCACUCUGAGUCGCCUCGUCCUCAUUUGAGCCCGAGCUCAUGCCAAUAUUUUGUCUGAAAGUUGAAGUGAAACCAUCUUCUCUGAGAUCAUCUUUUACACCUUACAGUCACUUUUAUCUGCAUUCUUUUAAGUUCAUCUUCUUUUAUAAUUGCCUUUCUGGUAUUUUCCCUCCUCAUUACCAGAACUCACGCUGAGAACAUUAACACCAUCUCAAGUGUGUCAGGGUAACUGACACGGAGCUUAUAGAGUUUACUGUUCAGUCGUAAUGGUACUUUGGAAACAUGCUGUGAUAAGCGAUAAUCGGUUUCAUGCCUCUGCUUUUGGGGAACAAGUUCACCCCCUGAUGCUCGGCUGUUGGGGGACUUUUCCGUACUCGGCUCCCGGGCGUCUUGCUAGUUUGACAGCAUGCAGACACACAGACACACACGGCAGUGGGUGUUCAGGGACAGAGUCAAGGAUUAAAAGAAGUGAGAGAGUGCAUGUUGUGAUUUUGUGUGUCUGAAAUGUGUAAUCUACUUUGUUGGACAUUCCUGUGUGUUUGCCAACGCCUGUGGGGAAUAGUGAGUCAGCUCUAAUCAGGCCGCUCUGCAUGAUUAGGCAUUUGGGAGCCUGUCUGUUUGUGUUUAUUAAACUUACUUAGAGACCCCAGUCUUCGUUUUCCCACUGUACUCUAUUUUGAAUUCUGGUUAACAUUUUGUGAGCAUGAUUCUCGCCCUCCUGAGGACUGUUGCCUGCACCCCACAGUGGGAAAGAAAAAUCAGAGAAUUUCAGAUAAAGACCUCCUCUUUUAGAAAACACUGAAGAGAAAUCAGUGGGGUUUUUUUUAACUGUACUACAGCUACUGUUAUGCUGCCUUAAAGUUCCUGUGAGGAAUUUGAAGUUUGUGCUUCACCAGUUUACUUAUCGGCGAUGACAUUGUUUCAUGCCAGCAGUGGAGGAGGCCUCUGGAGAGCUGGCCAGUCUGAGGGAAAUGUGCAAAAGAGGAUUAGGGCCACAAGAAGAGAAAAAAAAAUUACAGGAGGGAAAUUUUUUAAAUUUCCUUUUCAAGAUUAAAGUCGAAAUUUAAAAAAGUCAAAAUGAAAUGCCGGAUGGCUUAAAUUUGUUGUAGCCAUCCAUGUGCCAGAGUGCAUUGGGUCCUCAGCUUUGGUAAUGCCUGCAUCUCAGACACAUCAUAAUCUUCAGCACAGUCUUUUCAGAGUCCGAAUACUUAUGACCACACUGUGUCUUAUCAUCAAUAAAUCCAAUUCUAAAAGACGGCUUUACAAACUGUUCGACAGAGGACAUGUUGUUGAGGAACGAGCAACAGUGCUGUUAAUUUAUUAUCAUUAAUCUCAACAUUACGACUUAAUUCGUGAAAUUUUGUCUUUAUUUGCGUCGACUUUAAUCUCAAAAUUUCGAUUUAAUUCAUGAAAUUUUGACUUUAUUCAUGUCAAAUUUAAUCUUGAAAUUUCGGCUUUAUUGACAUAAUUUCGAUUAUUUAAUCUUGAAAUGUGUCUCUUCAUGUGUCCUUAAUCCUCUUUCAUAGAAAUGGGCCCAAAGAAGAGGAGAGUGGGGAGCUUUUCAGUUAAAGUCAGGUGAUUAAGGUGAUAAAAUAAAUAAGCAUACUGCCCUGACCUACAAGGAAAUUAUUCAGGUUUUAUUGGGCUUGGGUUUAUUUAAACAGCAUAUCAACAUAAUUAAAAAUAAGAGAAAUUAGUGAAAUGUCCCUUUUUUGUCUCAAACAUAAAGAGAGGAUAUGUGUGAAGAGGUUUAAAAGUCAGUUUAAAAACCCACUUGAUACGUCCUCAGGUGAAUUUUAAAACACAGACUCUUGGCUGGACAUUAUUACACUUAGAGCAGACUAUGUCCACUUUAUUUUUCACUUAAUUACAGUGACACACAAGUCAAUAGUCAUUACACACACACACACACACGCACACACGCACACACAAAACAUCUCUGGGGCUCCUCUGUCUCCGCUCCAUCACAUCAGUCCCGCCCCCUUUUAGAAAGAUUAUUGUGAUUGGUACAACCAGGACCAGGUCAGCUGGAAAUAGGUCUGAACUGGAGGGAGACCAGACAAAAUCUGCCAGAGCUAAUGAAACAUGAGACUCUGGCUGAUUUGUGCGGGUCUGCGGCCAAUCCAUUUAUGUUAUUAUUUGACUCUCAAUUACAGCGUCAUGACUCAGCCAAUCAAUAUAUUUAAUGGCAGGUCAUCGUGGUUUCUCCUCGUUUGGACUCAGUGGGCUAGGAGUAAAACUGCAGCCAAUGAUACAAUGGUGCAUAGACUCAGAGUGGAUUUUAUUUUCCUGUUUGUAAUACUAGUAAUAUAAAUCGAACACACUAUUGAUUACACCUGUCGCAGGUCGUCACUUAGGUCUCCUUUGAAUAGGCACCUUGACUAAAGUUAAAACGGUUUAUCAAACUUAUCAAAUACAUCUUUUUAAUGAAGUUUGACCCAACUGUACUGGGUUUGAUUUCCAAAUUUAAAAUCCCAACCUUUAUUUGAAGCCGCUCAAAUGCCAGCAUGCAAAGCCAAAAGCGUCUGCCAGGAGUUUUAGUCAAAAUUUGACCAAUUAUGUCCAAGUUAAAAGGAUUCUGAAUACCAGUUCACUCAGAUGUAUGAUCAUCCCUGUCUGAUGCAGUCACACUCCUCCAUUUUCUCUCCUGUUUUAUUAUUACAUGAAGGAUAUUAAGCUGAGGUAAUACUUGUUUAAGCGAGCGCACACCGACAGGCUGUUUGUGUCUGCAGUCGAACAGGUUUUACACGCUGUUUUAGUGUCUUAUGUCACCACGAAUCUCCCUCAAACAGAUUCCUCCCUCGAUAAGCAUCUCUGUUAUCAGACAAGGUGGUUCUGCGGCCCCGCCUGCAGCCGAGGAGAGAUGAACAAACACGAUUUCCUUCUGUGGCGGUUCAGAGGGAAAGUAAAAGUUACAGGAAUGUUUGCUGAUGAUUCGGAGUCCCACCGGUGUUUUCUUUGGCGGUUUUCACUUCUUGUUUCUGUUCAGAGAGGGGUCAAACUGAACUCCGGGGCGAAAAAUCCACUCUAAACUCUAAUGAUGCUCUUGGCACAUGCCUCGCCCUUGAACAAAAACAAAUAGGAUUUAUUAGAAUAAGACACUUGAGGAUUUAUGCGGUAAUUUAGACCCAAGUGAAAAUAUUUUCAACACCAGAGGAUUGGUUUCUUUUUCACUUUGUGACAUAUUUGUAUUUGAUAGAUGUGCGGGGUUUUCCCCCCAUGGCUGUCGGAACAAUUGCACACAGGCCGCAGCAGAAAGUGGCUCUUCAAAAGGACAGAGUAUUGGAAACACAGCUCGGUGGCGAGAGGGUCCAGGAAUGCGGCUGAACCCUUGAAAUUGAAUAAAUAUGUGGCUCUGAACUGCCAAACGCACAGCAGCCUUGAUCUUUGAGCCUUUCUUCCUAACAAAAGGGCCUGGAAGCUGUUGGAGUAGAGAGAAGGGCCUACCUGUGAGGAAGAGCAUGCCUGUGUCUUUGCGUUUGUGUGUACUUGUGUGUGUUUGCUGAAGCGGUGUGCUACUUUGACACCUGACACCACACUGGAGAGAGUCCUUGUAAACGGUGCCAUACUCUAAAUUCAGCUCUCCCUUGUUGGACUUGAGGGGAAUAUGUUUUUAGUGCUGUGUUUUGUGGCUUUGUGUCCAAUACGAGUGUGUAGUACUGCGGUAAAUUUUUGGUGCUGCUCAGUUCAACCCAACCAGGACAAAUGUAUGAGGUAUGAAUACAGAGUCUGACAGAAACCCAAACAAAAACUGAAAUCUCCCUUCAGUUUAACAGCGAGUAAAGUUCAUGUUUGCUUUUUAAAUGGCCUCUGUCUCUUUAAACAUUGUGCAGAAAAAGUGCCCUAGUUGUGACAGUUUUUACUAACAUUAUUACAGGGUUCCUACGCAAGUAUGGCGAUCAAUUUGAUCGAUUUCCAGGUUUUAAAAAGUAUGGAAAAUAAAAUGUGGAAAAAUAUGUAUGUUUCCAGACUAUUACCACAGUUCUAAAAUACUGUUUUCUGAAAUAGAAAAGAAGGUAUUUCCAAAAAGGAUUCUGACAAGUAGAGUAUGGAAAAGUAUGAAAAAAAUUUGGUCCAAAACUGAAAGUUAUUUUCCCUGUUGUGAGGAUUUCAUGCGUCACACUAAAGCAGUCUGCUAACUCUGAUGGUGGUACAGCUUCCUACACUGCUACUACAACAAGCCAUAGAAAUGAAUGUUUUGUCGUCACGUAUCAAAAGUUUGGACUGUUUCCAACAUACUGAGGAUUUUGAUUGGUUUUGUGCCAAAGUAAGGGAUUACUUUUGGUGAAAUGUAUCCCCCGUUGUCUUCUAAGUGAAAUGUUAUUUGUGCCACAGUGUCAGACCUGUCCUCAAACAAACAAACAAGCUCGGCAUCACUCCCGCCUUGUUUCAGAGGUGAUGUCAGCAUCAGUCACCUGCGUUUAAAAACAACACUGACUCAUUUUUAACAUUUGCUUUGUUUCGCCUUUGCAUCGCUACACGUGUUGUUGUUGUUUCCAAUGUAAUGACGACUUUAAUCUCUGGGUGUUAACCUCACCUUGAUGAUCAACUCAUCAGCUGCUUUUGACCUGAAAUGACCUUGACCUUGUUUACAAACAAACUGCAGUCCGAGUUUCAGACUGACCAUUCGAUGAUAAAUAUUACAUCAGAUUUCUAAAUUUGUGUUUUUUUUCUUUUUGUUGUUUGAUGUUGCUUUUGAAAAUAUUUACUCUCGCUGCUGCAUGGCUUCAUCUUAUCCAAGCUCGCUCUCUGCCCUCAGACUGAUGUCUUCUGACAGCAAAAAAUUAAUUUCCAAUGGCCGUCGUGAUCAAAGAGGAAGGUCGAAGCAAUGAGCAGGAACUUAUCACAGUAAUUUUAUGUUUACUCUGAUCUCUGACCUUCAUUUAUUGGCGCCCAGUCAGCACCUGUUUGGGCUCGUAUCACGCUGGUAAAUAGUUGUGAUGAUCUGAAGAGUGGUUAGUAGUCAAAUGCUGGAAAAACAACAGCUUGAGUCUUUACCUGUAGAAGUGUUGUAUUCAAUCAAGGACUGGGCAUUAAAGCAUUGGGCGUCCUGAUACAACCUUUUUACUUCAAAUAUGAUACCGAUAUUGUAGCCUUCAGUAUUGGCUGAUAUUGGCACAAAAUUUUGCUUGACAAGUUUUGCACUCAGCUGGCACAUCUUUUCGGACUUAAACAAAAAAUACUGCCACACUGCCGACAUCACUCCUACUCUUUGCUACUUUGUUAGUACCUUAGUACACACUGUUGUUGUCAUUACAUGGGCUCUCUAUGCUGGAUCCGGGUGCUGAUAUUGGAGAUUUUAGAUGCAGGUCGAUAUAAUCCGUUAUUUGUUUUUUUGCUGAUAUUGAACCGAUAUCAAUAUCAUACCUGGACAUUCGUACAAACAAACACGAGUCAAUUUAUCUUCAGUUUGCCACAAGGAUUGAGAAGAUAACACUAAUAGCUCUCAGCUGAACUUGGCGAUAUAAAAAAAAAUCAAUAAAAAAUAAACAGAUUUCUCCUACUGCAGUAUCAAUGAGGUUGUAGUUUACUUUAACGCCUUGCAUCCGUCUCUACUUAAUGAGUCUCUCUGCUCUGGCUUUCUUCUACGCUUGAAAUAGUUUAUAUAAAGUGACACAAACACGAGCCGCUCAGUGGAGAACAGCUUGUUAUGAAACUUUGAGUGAAGCUCAGACAGAGCAUGUAAUUUCCUCCAUGUUUGUUCCUUCAGAGGGUCACUUCACUCACCUCUUUAAUUUAGUAUCUUCCACGCUUGGAGCUGUAAACUGUCGACUGAUCUCAUCACAACAAAGGGAUAUUCCAGACCCCUGGGCGGCAGUCGUGAAUUUUUUUGCUGUUUUUUUUCCCCCAUCCUCUCCAGAAUACUUCUGUCUGUGCUGUUUUUUUCCCUCCACUUGCAUAUUUGAUGCUGCAACCGAUUUAUUUAUUUAACUUGAGCUGUCUGGCCUUGAAAGAAGAAGCAAAAGUGAAAGUUAAAAUACAGAUGCAGUGGCGUUUCAGUCAUGCCUCUCUCAUGUUCAGAGAGAAGAGGAGCAGAGCGGUGAUUUUUGGCAAAGCGGAGCCUUGUAUCCCUCUCUCCUCUGUGGGUAUUAACCUUUGCCUGUGGCUCCUAAAAGAUUCAUAGCCAAUGAAACUUCUCAGCGCAGCGUGACAGAUUGCUUUUUCAUCACAAGCCACCCUGGCUGAUUGUAUGCUUUUCUUCUUACCGUAUGUCACAAAUCCUCCUUUUUUUCCACCACCGGUUCCUUAUUUGUAUUUUUGUCUGGUCUCGUCUUUUUCUGGGAUUCGUCUUUCUUUUCAUUUUUUUGCCUUUAGGAUGUUUCUUUUUUCGUCUGUUUGUUCUGUCCUUCUCAAAUUCUAAUGAAAAAUCCUGCCUGUCCUGAGCCGCGUGCUCACACAGCUCAUUAGUAAGUCAGUCCCCGAGCCUGCAUGCAUCCAUACUGAUUUGUUUGCAUUCACAGAUUUCAGGCUUGAGGCUCAUAAGUAAACAUGAGGUAUAGCCGUGUGUGUGGCCCGCGUGCCCUGUCCUCCUCCUUCCUCCUCAGCUCCAUUUUUCUCCUUUUUCCACCGUUUGUCCAACGUGAAGCUGUCCAGGCCAGGAUGAAUGGCCCGAUGUCAGCAGCUCUGUCCGUCCACGGGGCUUGAUUCAUCUUCCUCAUGUCAGCCUGAAAGGUCACACAAUCAACUGCAAACAGUCGUCAGCCCACCGUUAUCUAGAGGACAGAGGGAGGGUGUUGCAUGUGCUUCUGGGAAUUCUUCAGAGGUGUUACUGAACAUUAACAGGAUGCAUCAGGAGUGCAGCAACUUCAUAUUUGUCACAAUUUACGAAACAUCUAAAAGUCAGGUUCGAGAUCGGAAAGCUCCCUUGCUCACUUCUCUCGUCAGUAAAGCAACAGUGGCUUUUAAGGACAAAAAGCUCCUUAACAACAUUCUAAGUAUGAUUCUUUAUUCGUCAAGUUUUUACCAUCACAAACAUUUAUCAACACAAACUCUUCUGCACACAACAGUCGCUCUCUUUCUCUUCAUCUUCCACCUGAUGCACUGAUAAACUGGAAAGCUCCAUUUGUGCACACAUGUUGUUUCCUGGUGGAUGAUGACAAAAGCACCAACUUGCUGCUACAGAGCUCUGAUAUUUGGCCAGGUAUGCACACUCUUGCAUUUUCAGUUGUUUUUGAGAGUCUGCAUAUAGAUCUUUUUUUCUUACGGAUCUUUUUCAAAAGCUAAGUGAGGACUUUUCCAGUUUUAUUCAUUUUAUUCUCAUCCAAACAAGACCUAAGAGAUCAUUCUGGAUUUUAUUUAGGAAUAUAAACCUCGUUUUGUUGUUUUAUGAUAGUUUUAUUCAUGUGUUAAUGCAAAAUAACAUCAAUGACUAUGUUCGUUCUUAAUCUUUUCAAUUCAGAUGAGCCUCCUUAACAAGUUGCCCAUUUCACUUACACUGUUCCACCUGACAGGUACAGCGUACUUCUGGAAACACUGAACAUUUUACCCUUAAAAACAUGGAGUCUGCUUUACAAAUGCAAAACAUUUCACAUUUUUGCAUUCAGCACCAUUAUAAUCAAGCAUUACAGUGGAUUAAGAGAUUGCUCAGUAUAUUUCUUGCUAUUUUCAGAGGCCUGCCACUCCCCUGUGAGACUAUCAUUGUUUUAUUGUUACUCGCCUUGUAGAUCAUUAAAUCAAAACCCUUUUUUUUCCCUGGCUGCUCUCACACUCUCUCUGUUCUUUCUUCAAAAGGCACUGCAGAAACAUCCAGUCUCAAAGUUUGAUAAAUCAAUUUCUCCUGCUUACAGGAGAGCAGCCAUCUGAUAGAGCCAGACUGACAAGUGAAAUUGAAUUUCUUAUUUGCACUGCUCCUUUUUCUCACAGUUCACGGUCUCUUGGCAGGAAACACUAUUUACGUUCAGCAUGCCUUUGUACUGUGAUCCAGUUUUUCAUUUCCAGGCUCAUGUACUCGUGUCAUAUCUUGUGCAUGUGUCUUUCGUGGUUGGCAGAAACAGUAGAAGUAAACCAGGCUUGAAUUUAGAGCUGGUUCAAACUGUGUGUGUAUGUGUGUGUGUUGGACAGGCUGUAACCUUUCCCAGGCUGUGGUGUGAGCUGCUGGUGGGGAGUUCAGACUGCGCUUAGCAUGACUCACGGUCUGGUUCGGUGUCUGCCAGAGGACAAACACAAUGGCCUCUGUACACAAUAGUCCUGCCUCUGUCCUGCUGGAAUGCAAAACAUGCUUCAACGGUUUCCGAUACUGUAUAUUGUGUUACCGGGCGUGCAGGCAAGGUGCACAACAAACCCACAAAAAUGCACUCAGACACAGUGACCUAUUUUUUUCAAGACAUUCAUUUCUCUGGCCAAAUAAGUUUUUGUAGAAACUUUCAAGUUUGGUUAAAUGCUCUGUUAAAUCAUAAGAGAAAAUUAUUUUUUUCCUUGUGCAUCAUACUUUUUUAUAGUAAACUUGCUUUUUUCAAUUCUGGAUGUUUAAAAGAAAAGAAUAUGUUAUUUUAGUGUUACAAAAAUGACAAAAUGCAAAUCUAUGAUUGUGUUUUCAGCCAAAAGUUUCACUAGGUAGUUCAAAUGUUGGUCAGCAUCAUCUGACUUUUUCUGUGAAGAUAACCCUCUUAGUUGUCCAGGACAACAUUUUUGUUGCUCAGGUAUCAAAAUAAGUAUUGAUAUCGCAAGAUUUUUACUUGUAUCGUCCCGUAGUUUAAAUUUUUUGGGAUUAUGAUUAUGACUUUAAGAUACAGACUGUUCCUUUAACGCCUUGCCUUGGACUUUCUAGAAAUAAUAUUUUUUAUUUAAUGAAAUCAACAUAAAUUGCAGCAUUUUCUCUCCUCCUCUGAGCCACUGGUAAUACACAAAACAUUACUCUGCUCAAAUACUUCUGUAGAGGCGAGGACGAUGACUACUCACUGCUCAAAAUGCAAGUAGAGAUAUUAAGUUAAAGCAAUAUAGGACUUCACAUGACCCGUGAGUGCCCACAACUGGAGCAUUAAAUCACAAGCACACAGGGAAGAUCAUCAGAAGUUGGGUUAAGUAAGUCCUGAUUUGAGUUAAGUGAUUCUUCAGUUUCAAGUGUUUUUUCUUGGAUAAUUUCAUGUGCAGCACUUUCGAAAUGACCCAUAUUCUAAGUCUUCAUCCUAGUUUUAUAGUGAUGGUGUAGAGCCAUGUUUUUGGGAAUAUACUGUGAAGUCCUUCGCUAAAUGAGGAGUUAAACAGUCAUAGAGCUACUUUUUCUUUGUGGCCGUCCCAAAAAUCUUAUCCGUUGCACCCCUAUGAAGCAAUAUGCAAUAAAAACUCUGAUUAACAGUUACCAGAAUUGGCUACCAUUUCCUCCAUUGUUAUCUGUGCACCACCUGCUCUCUGUUUAAGUUUGAAAUUAAUGUCGCUGCAUGUACCGCCAUAAAGAGCAGGAGCAGUAAUUAUGAGGAAGAAAAGAAAACACUGACUGCUGUUGUUCUCUCAAAGUUUACUCAGACCUCCAUCAAAGUGCUCAGCUGUAAUGCUCAGUCUUUGUGUGAAAGAGUGAUGUGCUUUAAAUAAACAGCCACUCUGGCACAUAAAUGCCUCUUAAAUUUUUGAUGUGGAGCAACUGUCUGGCAUCAUGUUGAACAUUUGUCGUGUUUUUAACGUGUCUGAAACAAUAAAGUUUACCCAGCCUGACUUUACGUGGCCUACUUUAAGAAAAUACAUGGACACAGAGCAAGAAAGGUCACUGCAAUAGCAUUAAAAACGGGGCUAAAGUUGUUAAACUCUACCUCAGGAUUGUCAGUUACUCCUUUUUUUAUGGAGCAGAUUUUUUUGAAGUCAUCAGUCUCUCGUGUUUAUUAAAACUUGUCCAAACAGGAAGUGUUUUGAAAGGACAGAACUGGGCCUGCUCUGAUGUCAGUGCCUGGAAGUCCAGCUCCUCCGGGACCCGUGGCAAAGUCACAAACAUCGGCCUGAUUGUUGUGGCACUACAGCCUUAAGACACAGCCGGUCACAUCCCAGCUGUCAGACUCGAUCCUUAUGAGAGCUGUACUUUCAGCUCUCACCACCGAACAGUUUGUAACAGUAGGAAGCUCCACUGAAAUUCCACAGGAGGUAAUAACUCGCCUUCGCAUUGUCAUGACACACUCCAUUUCCUCGCAAUUUUAUCCUUAGUCCACCCUCCUCCCACUCACUCAGGGUUAAUGGGAGGCCUUGUCUUGUUUAGAAAGUAUCCACCCUCCUCUAUGAUGCCUCCCCCCUCUCCUCUUUAAAGUGGGGAUUCAGCAUGUCUUCAGGGAAAUGUGAGGGAGGUAACACAGCGGUACGCCUCCUAAAGAUGAUGCCGAUGUUAGAAACGCUCGCCAUAUAAAUCUGAAUAAAUCCCGACCGCCUCAAAGGAUCAAUUUGCCCCAGAGAUCAGUUACAUAAUGUUACAAGACUUGUACUGUUACGCAACAAACUUUUUCAUAUAGGAGCCAACUUGAUACACGUCUGCAACUUUUUCAUUCGAAGGACUGAUUUAUUGGUCUGGAUUUUUAUUUCCAGUCAAGAAUCUGGGUCACUGAUGUUGGUUCAGAACCUGCUGAAAGCCCAUCUGGAGUGAGGUGCUUUCAAUUAACAUGGCAUGUAUUUUUUCCAGCCGGCUUCCUCAUUUACAUGCAAAGCUCUCUCUCUCUCUCUCUCUCUCUCUCUCUCUCUCUCUCUCCAAGCUUAGAACUGCUCUUCUUUUCCUCAAGUGAUGCUUCAAAGAACAGAUAAGAGGCUUAAGUCUUGAAAAUUAAGAGGGUGCGACCAGUCAGCUGUGGUUAUAUAUUAUGAUGCAGGUGUUGCAACUCAAUACCUCUGCUGCGGUGGCAUUGCCUUCACUUACUAGACUGGAGUGUGAAGGUUCAGUCAGUGUGCAUGGUUGCAGUCUCAAAGGGUGCAGUUCGAGUCUUAGUGAGUAAAAAACACGUCAUAGUCUUCUAUAAGUUCAACAGGCUGGAGUUUGGCCCCAAGACAGUUGACCCAAAUCCAAAAAAGUUGAGGCGCCGUGUUAGAUGUUGAUAAAAACCAGAAUCUGCUGGUUGUCAAAUCAAUUUAACUCUAUAUGUAACUGGAAAUACCACAAAGACAACACAUAAGAUUUAUUGAAAUCUAAUGCAAGCAACAUGUUAUAAAAGAGUUGGGAUGUGGCUUGUCCUUUACUGUGUUGUACCUCUUCUUAUACGAUAACAACCUGCACAUUUAGGGUGACUAAGGAGACCAGUUUUGGGAGUUUAGGAAGUGAAUUGUUGAGCCAUCUCUCCUGAUGCAGGAUUUCAGUUACUUUUUCACGUUAUAUUCCGUUUUUAGUGGUGUUCAGAUACAACUUUUUAAGCUCUGCUAUGAUACCGAUAUUGAAGCCUCCAGUAUUGAUCUGAUAUUAGCACAACCUUUUGCAUGACGACUUUUGCAAUAAGCUGCAGCAUCUUUUCGGACCAGAUGCGGGUGCUGCUAGACAGAGGUGCCAGAGUGGAGUCUUGAAUGGACUGACUGUAUCGGCGUGCUGAUAUCGGAGAUUUUAGAAGCAGAUGAUAUAAUUUGAUAUAUUCAAAUUUUUGCUGACAUUGCACUGAUGUCCGAUAUCAGUAUUGUAUCGAGACAACCCUAUAUAAGUCAGAACAGCGGGCAGUUUUGGUUUUGCACCUAUACUCUUCUCCUGCUGAGCCACGCUGUUGUGCCACAUGCAAAAUAUGGCUAAAAUAUACAAGGGUCUUCCCUGAAAAAGUCAUCGUCCUGAUUGCAACUUUUGUUGCUCCAAGACUUUUAUUGUUCAACAGGAAUGCUGCCCUCACAGAUGUUUGAAGUUUUCCAUGCUGGAGGCGCUCAUGCGUCCCUAUACCAUCACAGAUGCAAGCCUUUGAACUUUAGAAUGGUACCAGGUUGGGUGGUCCCUCUGCUUUUUAAAGCAGAGGACUUGGCGUCUAUGAUUUCCAAAAAGAACGGUAAGGUCUCACCAUAGGUUAGUGGUCUACAGUGAUGGUGGUCGUGGGCUCAGGUCUAGAAAAAGUUGUGUUUCUGAAUCAUACUUACAUAAGCUUUUUCCUUUGCAUGGUACUGGUAAUAGCAGGUGCUGCAAAUAAUGGUUCUUUAAUGUGAAUUUGAAUGUAUGCAGUGAUUUCCACUACAGAGUCACGUCUGUUGCAGAUGUUCUGAAUCUUUUGACAACAUUGGGAACUGAAGAUAAUAAAAUUCUUAGUAAUUUUAGGCUAAGGAAGAUUAUUCUAAAAUUGUUCAACUAUUUGUCCAGGCAGUCCCUCAGGAAGUGGUGAACCCCUUUACUUUUUUGCUUCUGCACUGUUAUGUUCAGGGUUUAAGUACUUUGCAAGGCAUCACAGUCUGUUUUUUUUAUCACAAUAUGCCACCUUUUUGGAACUGGGUAGUAUAUGGAUGCACAUUCCUCUGCCUCACACUUGUUGUCCUCACCCUGUUCUCUUCCUCUCUGCAUAUUUCCUCCCUCUCACCCCCAGAUGAGUGGUUGGUUGGUCCUUUUCCAAAGAUAUCCAUUAUCGCCCAAACACCGAACUAAUUCCCCCACUCAAUCUUUUGCUUACCCCUCUUUUCCCGAUUGUCCCUCCUCCUCCCACAUACCAAAUCCAAACCUCUUUCUUUUCUCUCCCUCUCUCUCUCUCUUUUCUCUCUCUCACUCUCUUUACUCUGCUUGGCAAGAUAAGCCACAGCAGGGCACAGGGUCGUGGAACACUGCGGAUUGACGGUCGCCAUUUCUAUCAAGCGGGGCAGAGAAAAGCAGUUCAUUUGUCCAGACUCCACGGCGUAAUUUUUUUCCCCAGAAUCUCACGAGGAGAGCCAGCAGCCUCAUGAAUAACAAACACAGCUUUCUCUCAGGGGGAAAAGAGUUCACACUGACUCCCCGUCUCUGCUUUCUCACCUCGGAUCUGAGGCAGCCCGUUCCGAAGGCCCCACAGAGUUUAUUGCGAAUUUCUGGGGUGAUCCUCUCUGCAGGCGAGACUUAAAGACAGGGAGCAGCGGGAUGAACGUGCCGCAGUUCUACCUGCUACAAUCAAACAACAAACAGCAGAGAUAGGGCCUCUUUCGCCUGAGGGGCAGAGCAGAGGAGCCAUGAUUUAUGCCUCUCUGGAGAGGAAGUCGACGGGGCACUGUUGCAUAGGCAAACCUUUAUUUAAAAGACCAUUAUCCCCCUACAGCUGUCAUCAUAAACCUAUAUGUUUCACUGCGGUGACCCUGGCUGAUCAUAUUUGUCAUUCGCACUCUCUUUAAGUUGCCUUAUCCAGGUUCACGCAGGCUCCAGAGCUCUUGUAACCCUUGGCGAAUGGAGUGGCUUUUCUAAUCUGACAUCCCCACAGCCUUUUUUGAAGAAAAGCUGGCAAAUAAGCGUAGACACAGGCACGCAGAAAGGAGGGAGAGGGGGGCGGGCGGCGAUAACUAUCCACAUCCUCUCUUUUAUUUGUAUGUAAAUACGCAGAUGCAGCGAUGCGUUGAAUCAGCCCUUUAGAGCUGCAUAGGAACGGAGAAGGGAAAUUUUAUUGUUGCUCUGCUGCUCAUCCACUCUGCUGUGCCGUGCUAUGCUGUCGCACCGGGUGGGGUGGAGCGGUGAGGAAUGCACUAAUCACGCAACUGUGCUGCCCUGCCCUUGCCAGCCACCCUGCCUUUUGUCUGCACUUGGAAACCAAAACAAAAAACCUCCUAAGGUUUCGAGCAUCUCAUUCUGUCUCUACUAACACGGGACAUAAACAGAGAGAGAGAGCGGCUAAAGGAGCUGUAUUGUUUUGGUCUUCCAGGAAGAGCUGAGCCCCCCCCUCCUCAAAUUCCAAAUCCUUUCUUACUCCCCAGAUGACAGGAAUGUUGUGACAAAUUCGGUAAUCCAGGCUGAACAACAGGUCGCAUUAGCGUUACCUUUUAUCUGCUCCGUCUCUCUCUCUUUUCAGCGCUUACCUGUCUCAAACUUCAUAAAACAUCCCUCCAUGUCUGCACCGUUCAGCAUUAACCAUGACUUAUUGUGUUCCUCCUGCAGUAUGCAAACAUAAUUAGGGUGUUUUCCAAGUCCUUUGAGUUUAUUUAGUCCAAAUAUUUUACGAGACAAUAAACUCCUCAGGUAAAGUCAGCCAAAAAGCGUCUGAACAGGAGCUGCAUGCUUUGCAUAGCAGAGAGAUUUAUCCUGAGCUGGAGCAUAAAAAGUUUUUAUUCCCCAGAACAUGCUGUGCUCUACUUCCCUGCAGUAAAACUCUACAGCAGCUCGGCUGUUUCCAUGUAAUGUUGUAACCAGUUGCGUUUGUACAAAAAUAAAUCUCAGAUAGUGGAUGAUCUGAUGGUUUGGCCUGCAGGGCUGUGCUUUUUCAUUAGACUUGUGUUUUUCCCCUCUAGUUUAUAUUUCUGAUUGUUUUCCAUUUGGAAAGUGAAUGAUUGACAGCAGAACGCAGACAGCAGAGCUCUCAGGCAUGCUGAAGUUUCCAUGUGUCUCGCUCAGGGCACAGUCAUCACAUUUACUCAUCGCUUUUUCACAUUAAGUUAAUUAUGUUUGCUUUGUUUUGCAUAUUUUUAUCAUGAAGGAGAGUGUGAACCACUGAUGAACUCUUCAUAUUAGUUCCGACUUGAAAAACUGUAAUGAGGACGGUGCGUUUGCCUCCUUUUCUAAUGUUAUAAAACGUGUCUCUUAGUUUGGUUGUAUAGCAGCACAUCAGACACUGAAAGCAGCAUUUGUUUUCUGUUUGGAAAGUGCUUGGAGAUCGACUACAAUCACUCACAAAAGGUGACAGCUAAUUUGGAAUUUUUCAACACUUCUGACAACAUCGACGCACAAUCAGACGGUGUUUUGGAUUAAGGAGCAGCGCGUUGUUUUCUGCCUCAUCAGGACCUGAUUGUAACUGAUUGGGCUAAAUCGCUCUACUUUUCCAACUUGUUAAAAAUGGGAAUUUUCCCUUUUUUUUUUUCUCUCAGAUGUGAAUUGCUGCUUUGAUUGGUUGAUGUAAGAUGUGACCUUUUGAUCAGUCGCCUGCUGAGUCGUAUCCUGAUGUAUUUUGAGGCAAAGAUGACAGAUUAAAGCUCCAGUGAAGAACUUUCUACUUGUCUCACUUUUGGCGCCCCCUGUGGACAAAGCAGUCUUUAUCUAUAUCGUCCUGUCCAUUAUUAAGAACUGUAGUGUCUCUAAAAAAACAAAAAAACUUCAUCCUGUUGACUCAUAACAGUCAUAUCUAUCAUUUAUCAUGAAUAUUUUAUACUGAAAUUGUAAAAAAAAGGGCUGUUUCUUCAGGUCUUUAGGUCCAGUUUAAGGCGUUAAAAUUGCCCUGAUGGCCUUUUUUUUGCUUUUGAAUAUCCUAAAACGACAUUAGUAUAAAUUUCAAUCUGUUCCAGUUCAUAAAUGUCAACACACCUCUCAUAGGAGGUUAAAACAACAACUGGUAUUAAACAAGUAUUUGGUACUUUUAAUGUUUUUCAUCACUAAAGAUCCUCUAUUCUGCUGAUAAAUCUAUCUUAUGAUUUACACCCCUGGAUGAAAUAUUAUCUUCAUGUGUAAAAGUAGAGUUGUAGAGUUUUUGAACAUUAGCACAUGUGAAAAAAGUAAUAGAUUGUGUCAAAUAUCUGUCAGUAGAAACUUUAGUGAAGCUUAUAGAAGGACAAGAUGAGAAGAAGCUAACUCAUGACUCUUGUCUCUGAGUUUUUGAUGGGUUUACACCAAAUAAUCACAUGUGUAAACUCCAGAAAGUUCCUGCAAAUAGCUUGAAAAGUUGUCUAUUGUAAGACUCCUUCAACACAGAGACAACCGCACAUGUGCAGAAUGGCUACUCCCACCCUCUUCUGCCAAGGUUCACAAUUGAAGCGCUCCCAUAACAACUAUUCAACGCAAGCAAACAACUCAGUGACUCAUACUGGUUAAACAAGCAGUUGUGGUUUUCUCAACAACAACGAUUCUUCAUGUUCUUUCUCAUGGUUUGUCCCUUUUAUGGAUCAUAACCCACCAGACUGCCCUCUGCCUCUGAAAUAAAUCCGUCAGUGUGUCAGCAGGAUAAGAAGAUGUCAGGCUUGGAGAAAAACGAGUCAAAACACAAAGGACCCCCGAUUGUUUCAAAUGUCAAAGCAAACUCUGAGGGAGCCUCUGAGCCGCUCACAUGCUGAUCAAAGCUCACUGUGUCACAUGCUGCACAGGGUCCAGUUUCCUGUCCUACUUUGUGCAAAUUGUUCCUAAGAUGAGUUUAAUUCCAGCUAAAGAGGUGUCAGGUAGCAGGAGAGUCUUUUGAACUGUUUUUAAUUCAUGCAUUUUGAAGCCUUAAGACAUAUUAUUCAUUAUUAGGGAGGCUUCAACAAGUUUAACUUUUUCAAAUCGAAAGCCACUCAGACCAUUUUUUGCUAUUUUCAGUGAAACAGGACAAAGAAACAGUUUGUUGUUUUGAAACUGCAUCAGUACUUUCCUCAACAAUCUAAUACUGUCUUCUGUGUGCAAAACAAAUCCACACUGUGGCUGACAGCCCCAAGGAGGAGACUUCAACUGGUUUUUAAAGAGGUGCCUCUUAAUUAACUUGGAGCAAAUGAGAGCAUCAGUAAUAACAACAACUCCUGCGGGGGUUCUCCUAGUUUUAAACAAAGCCGUGAUAGUAUUUUCUUUACUGCUAACUCAAACAUAAGUAAGAAACUUUUUGUCUGUGUUGAUUCUGGCACCCCUGGUGGACAAAGUGGUGAACCGUUUUAUUGUUGCCGGUUUGGUCUGAAAAUAUAAUCCACUUCUGUUGUUGUUUUACGGUAAAUUUAUAACUCAUAUGGGAACAAAUGUUGUUUCUCCAGUGUACUUACCCUCCUCGCAGCACUUACAGGCAUGGAAAAGAAUCUGAAAGUCGUCAAUCUCGUUGCUGAUGGUACUAUUUGCAUUUUCACACUGUAGAGACGCAUCACUGUUCAUUUCAGCUUGGUUCAUAGCCAAUCAAAAACUCCUCACAGUAGGAACUUCAUAACGUGCUAAUAUUGGAAGCAGUUUUGCCAGUAUAUUUUCUGUUGCUCUGCUCUGUUGCUCUAAAAAAUGCCAACAUCACAUUGGCUUCAUAGUGUAACUUCAUGGCGUAAUAUACAAAUUUUGGAAGUGCUGUCCAGGGAAAACCUCUCCAUGACAGCAGGCAUCAGUCUGACAAAGGUCUUGGGAGAUAUGAAAUAAGACAGAGGCAGUAGUCUUGUAAUUUAAUAUGCAGGGAGAGGACCCUCUUUCUGUGCAGCACACUUUUUCUGUGAGAGAACAAAACUUAUAAUCAGGACAGGAUCGGCAAAGAUAGAAGAAGUACUGCUUGUCUUGGGGUGUAAAAACUGAGGCAAACACUUUGUUCCUUGUAGGAGCUUUACAAGCAAACGCUACUAAGUGAUGAAUAACAAACAACUGGUAUCACCGAGAGAUUAAUAUAAUGACUUUUUUAUUAAAAGCACACGGGGUGUUUGCUUCCUGCGUCUCACUAUUGCUUCCAAACAGCUCAUCGCUGAAUUCAUCCAGCUCCUUCAUUUUGAGCUCCAAAUUAAAGCUCUUAUUUUAAUCCAAGGUUAAUGUGAGUUAAGUGAGUGCCAGAGCACAACAUACAACAUUAUAAUUAUGGAAUCAAAUAGAGAGGAUUCGCCAGCUGAACCCACAGACAUUCGUCUAACCAGUGCAACAAAGGCCCUCAGUUUGUCUCUCAACAUUAAGUAUCAUUAUUUUACUAUAUCUGCAUUAAUGAUAAAGACUUUUCACAGUCAGAUACCAGGGACGUUUCGUCUGACAUUCUCAAAAUGCCAAUUUUUAAUGCCUGACAUUCAAUAUAUCAAACAGGCUGGAAACUGGAGGAAAGUCAGGAAUGAAAAAAAGGUCAAAAAAGGUAAAUGUUUUCCAGCUGUCAAAAAUGCCGGCAAAUUAUACCGACAGUGGUUACAUAACUAUAAACCACUCAGUGAGUUAUUUUGCUCUACUGUGAACUUUUGUCUAAUGCUGGUUUUACCCGAAUGAUACACGACAAAUGAUCUCUAUAGAAAGAUAACGCAGAAUGGUAAGUACUGGAUAUCACUGGAUGUCUUCAAAUUUGUGCAUUGCUGUUACAUUACCAUAAAGAAGUAUUAUACUGUGAUUCUAGUAGAUAAUACUCAUGUUUAUGGUACAUAGCUGGACAAAUCAUGUGUCAGCCCUACCUUUAGUUUCUCUGGUAGGUUCAACAAGAGCAACCCUCAUCUCAUAAGAAUUGCAAUGAUGGUUUGCAUAUUAUUUGCAUAUUUUAGCACCUGGACUCUCCUUCUAUAGAGCCAUGUCAUGGUAAAACAUGCAUAAAGUAGUUUGGCAUUUUCUUGAUGUAUUAUUUCAGGUCUCCCCAGAUGGCAGCAUGUGUCUAUAUUGUUCAGCAUCAAUGGUGUCUUUUUAUAUGUGUAAACUACCCAACAAUUUCUUUUUACAGAUAAUGUUAUUUUGAGCUCAUGCUGUGAUUUCCAAUGCAGAGUCAUGCCUGCUUUUUACAGCACUGCUACAUGAGAACCUGAAGAUCGUGGCCAUCUAGUUUUGGUCUUUAUAUCUUCGUUGUUUUGUAGAGAUCUCUCCAGAGUCUCUGCAAAUAUCUCAAGUUCAAGUUUUGAACAAGCAUCUUAAAAUAAGCUGUUUGGCCCUCAGGGGUGAACUUGACGCUCAAACAAGAGGCAGCCAGUGAGUGUGAAGUUGUGGUUCAUAGAAUUGGACGGGGAAGAGUUAACAAGUAUUUCAAAGAAGGUCUAUAAAACAUGUACAUUAAUGCAGCUGUUUGUCUUUCCUCUUCCGUGCUGACUUUGCUUUUAUGACCUGUUACAGGGCCGAUUUAAUCUGUUAUUUUACAGCCUCUAUAAAUACAUGAAGCCAAUCACGCAGUAUAAUUAUGUAACGUGGAAUGCAAGCACAUAAAAUGCAUGGAACGGAUACAAGACACACAGUAUCAUGUUAGUGAAACAAAUCCCUCUGAUUGUUUAAGCCUUUCCAAAUCUACUCAGGGUCUCAUAUCUCACACGGUGGGUGCUGAGACCACAAAGAGAGGUGAAAAAACAUGGCAGUACAAAUCUUGGUUGGACCCUGCUGAUUUUGCCAGUGGUGAAAUAAUAAAUACACAGCAAGUUCGAACAAGAACAUUACAAUGUGAUGCUUUUAUGUAACGUGUAAUUGGUUUUGCGUGACUAUUCUAAAAUUAGCUUUUACAUCUGUACUCUAUUAUCAUGUGAGGUUAUGCAUUUGUCAACUUGAGCUCGCUAAAUGUGUUGACAAAUUUCAUAGAUAUUUGGAUUCAAGUUGUCCAAAAAAAAAAAAAGAGUGAAUUUUAGCAAAUUAAAGCUCAUGAACUUGAAGACCUGCUAUCAAUUCCUGCACAUGUUCAUCUACUUAGAGCGCAGCAGCUGACGUCAACACGGUCCUGGGAAAGUUGCGUGCCGUGCUGCAUGUGAACGCACAUUAUCACACCGCUUCAUCUGGAACUUGUGUAACCGGCUUUCAUUAGAAAGCAAUUAAUGUGAAAUUACUGCAAUCUGUGCAGCGAGAGCGAGUGAUUUUUCUUCACAUAUACCAUUUAGAAGUUUGUAUUUUAUCAAGCAUGCUGGGAUAUGUAGUUGGAGAUUAUUUCUGUUUCUAUGGUCCUUUUAUUUUUUUACCCCCCUUUGAGAGAUCCAUAACCACAGCUUUAUGGUUGAAAUUGCAGUGUUGAUUGCUCCGGAGAGCUUACCUCAAGGAGAACAGAUGGUACCCUGUAGUUUUCUCAGUGUGUCCUUGCCCUUGAGCCUGAGGAAAGAGGGCAAAGUUGAGAUGUUACCCUGCGUGGAAACACAGACCCCUGCCCCAAAAAGAUAAGAGCCCAUUCUGACCCCAUUAAUGCCAGGAAGGAUGUAAUCGUGUGUGUGUGUGCGUGUGUGUAUAUGUGUGUGUGUGUUCAGAGAGAGAGAGAGGACUGCAGGCAUGUACUAGUAAGAGGCAAACCAUUGUUACCUCUAGUGGAAAUUACAUAACAUAAUCACAGGCUGCAGCCCCACACACACAAACUGCAGGCUUCCACGAGCAGCUUCUUUUGCCUUUAUCAAAUCCCCCCACUCACUGUUGAAGAGCUUCCAGUAAAGCUGAGCCACAUGUUUAUUUUAGGAAGGAAGCUGUUUCUGUGUCCCGGUCGAGGACUGCCUACAAAUUCUUCACACGUUUUAAAUCAAAAGAAAAAGUUGAAUUUACGAAAAGAAGUUUGAAAUGCAAACUAAGAAUAUGCAUUUUUCUUUACAACUGGAGGAGUUAAACUAUUUAUUGUUGCCGGUAGUUUAACAGCUCAAGGGACAUCUUACAGCACUACAACUUGAAGAGAAAAGGUGAAAAAGCUCAACAUUUUAAACUUGAAGUACUAAAAAGUUUCCAAAGAGAUGAUUUAAUUUUAUUUAUUAGUCAAUGACCAGAAUGGAUGAGGAGAAUUCAUUGUUGUAAACUUGCCUGGACCUGUUAAAAUGAAUCAAGUAAGUUUUAACUUUUCAAGCCUAAAAGAUCACGAAUUUACUUUUAAAGAGCUUUAAAAUGUUUUGAAACAGUUUUUAUACAAAGGGUCGGUCUAAAUUAAAUCUUUUAUUCAAAGAAUUGGCAUUGAAUCAGCCUUUCUAAGUUCCAUGAUAUCAUUUAUCAUCAACUUCGUCUACUAGGUAUAUUGCUUGUGUUUUAAUUGAUCAUGUUAGAGCAUGCUAAUAAACAGAGAUGUAAGAUGAUAGGCGGAGGUUUGCAUCCAACUAUUUCAUGGCGUAGGUUCAUAGAAUUUAAAACUAUAGUCUGGAAAAGAGAAAAUCCUGCAAUAUCUUACAGUCAGAUCCUAGAUUGAAAUGCUCCUUUGCUCCCUUCUCCGGUCAUCUAAGCGACAGUUGUCUUUGACAGGGUUCUUACCCAAGUAUCUAAAGUAUGGAAAUAAUUUGAUCAGGUCUUAGAAAGUAUAGUAAAUGAAACAUAAAGUAUGGAAAAAUAUUUAUGUUUCCAGACUAUUACCAUAGUUCUAAAAUACUGUUUUCUAAAAUAGAAAAGUAGGUAUUUCCAAAACUAAUCCUAAAAAGUAGGGUAUGGAAAAGUAUUGAAAUUCCAGCUGUGCGGGAACCCUGCUUCCCUGCUUUGAGGACGAAAAGAGGGGUUGUCUAUGGUGUUCAUUAGAAAUGGCAGCAUGUAUAAAAUGGGGAUCAUACUGGGAUGGGCGGUCUUUAUAUACAGAGUAGAUAAAUGUGAUUAUAAAAUUACAGAAUUUAUCUUUAAAAUAACAAUCUUUGUUUAGUUAACCUCCGCACAUCAUGAUGGACACAAAAUAGACACUACAGCACAGAUACCUGGCAAGAGCACAGACUGCACAUAACUGUGAAUUAUGACAGUAACAUGAAAAAAUCUGAUUUAAAAACACGUCAUAGUACUAAACAGUUUUUUUAAUUGUUGGUUAGCCAUCUUGGACCAUUAUCGGGUCUUUUAGUCCUCACUAUCUAACAGCCCAGCAUUGACACACAGUGAGGAGACUCCAUCAGAAGACAAGUAGCCGCCAUGUUUGUUUCAUGUUUAUAUCUGGAGUUUGUGAACUGCCAGUCUUUGUUUGUCUUCAGCCUGUGGGAUCAGUAUCACGCAGAGCCAACCCAGCAGUGCUCAAAAAAGUGACUCACUUUCAUUUUUCCUGCAUCUUUGUUGUCUCCUGUUUGGAUGUGCGCCUGCUGGAAGGAGAUAAGACUGGACCCACCGGUGAAAUGAGUCUGGUGUCUAUAAGCCUGUUUAUUGUAUAGCUCUUGAUAGUAUCUUUUCACUUAUUGAACACAAGUUCUGAGCAGGUGGCCUGUCAUGUUAUAUUAAUCUCACACCAUGCGUUCCUGCCAGUACAAAGUCAAUAUACGGGCGUGUGGAAGCUAUUGUACUUUCUAUACAAGAACAUCUGCAUUGAGAUAUCCAGUCUGGUUUGGCCGGAGGUGUCAAUGGCCACACAAGUUUAAUCACUCCACCAGAUGUAAUUUUCAUGUUCGGCAGCUGCACAGGGGGAAAGAGGAGUUAUUUUCCUAAGUGUCUGCUACUCAUCUCUCCUGGCGAGAACAGCCGACUCUGGAGAGAAUGUGGUGCAACCUGCCAAAGCAAACCCGCAGAAACCUGAUGAGUGUCCUGCUGCCGUGGCUCAGGGGAUCAACUCACAGUUCAUUGAAAUUCCUCUUGAUAUUGGAACCAAACUCGCUGCUUACCUUUGGGUCUUUCUCCAGACUGAUUACCUUUUUCUCCCAGAAUAACAGACUCCCACUCGCACACAUCAUCUCGAAUGUAACUCUUAUCAACUUCUAUAUUAAUACAGAUUUUUAAAAAUAAACUCAAGACCUUCGUUUCUUAGUUUUGAAACUUUUCAUGCAUGUGAUCAUUCUCUACUUAUUAAAAUACUGCCAGAUACCUGUGGCUCUAAAUCCAGGUUUGGAAAGCUGUCAAAUGCAGUUCUACAACUCUAUUUUAGAGAUGAACUCAAGUAACCUUAGCUUUCUCCUUCAUGUUGACAGGAAAUCCGGUUUUCUUAGUCAAGGGGGGAUUAGGAAAUAAACCUGGUUAAGCUAGAUUGUUACUGAAGAGGCCUAAUUUCUUAGCCAUGCAGACACAUAACUGGAUUUGUAGCAGGGUUUUUCCACAAGCUUGUGAGAAUUAGAGUUACAGGAGUAUAAUACUCAAGCGUUUUAUCAACCUUUUAUCAUUUUACUGUGUGAUUCAAGUCAGAUGACAUCCACCAAUCUCUGGGCCGUGUCACCGUUUUUUCUACUACAACCAUAAAUACCACUCAAGCCCUGUGAACACUUUGUAAUGAUCUUGGUUUACAAAGGCAAGACAUGCACGCUUCAGUGUAACCAGCGCAUACUUUGGUCUUAAACGGUACCAAAUGGUAGGAGAAUGUGUUGUUGAAGUGACGUUAUAGCCUGUCUCGCGGGCUCACAGCAUUUCAGCAGCCAUCGAACACAGAUGCUGAGAGAAGCUCUCCACUCCGACAUCUCAUUUCACCACAAACGCCUUCAUGAAGAAGGAAUUCUGAGCGAGUCAUCCCACUUUUAUUUUCAGUGUAAAUCUUUUUUUGUCGUGUCCGUCAUCCUGCUUCCCCCUCUCUUUCAUCUGUAAAGGUCCCUCUCUCAACAGGAGCCAUCAUGAAUAGAAAUGACAGAAGGGCAUGCACGGAGAACAGUCGGGCAGAAGCAGCCUUUAAAUAGAAGUAUUGCCUGUUUUUUUCCACUUGUUGUUUUUCUAUCUUUAUUCUGUCAGUCAUACCUACAGUGGUCCCCGAGGCCUCUCUCCCACUGAGCUGAGCUGUGCGGUAGGUAGAUGCGUAUGUAGGUAGAUGGUCCUCAGUCUCCAGCUUGUUUAAGAGCUACUCCUAACCGGGCCCAACUGUGGAUUCCUCAUAUGGGUUCAGCCAUGCAGUUUGUUAUGCAAUAUGAGGCACAAAUGGGAGCUGAGGACCUCAUAGUAAGAGGCACUUAAAAUCUGGCGUCAUUUUUCAUUCCACAUAUCCAUGCGAUUAAAUAUCCAGCAAUUUGGGGGUUUGGCAAAGUCUCAUGCGCUCUGGAGAUUAAAUAUUUUAUGUGAGCUCACAGCAAGUGGGUAAGAGUUCUCUCAAGGCCUUAACUCAAGUCCUCCUAGAAAUACACCUGCAGGCGAUGAACUAAGUCUAUAAUCAGACCCACGUCAACACUGCGGCAGGGAGGGAAAUAACCUUCAUUCAUUCCAAAGAGACCCCUGCCCCAGCGUAGAUGAGUCCAGCUAAACAAAGCAGGUUUAUCCAACAAAAAUAUUAACCGAGCUCGAAUGGAGUUUUAUUCUACAGGGAGUUUGCCAAACAAAAAGUGGCAUCAGUCAAGACAAAAGAUUCAGUUGUUUUAAAGGUGUUGUUAGCUUCUGUUUACUAAGACCUCAACAAGAAGCAGAGCGGAGGCCUCAGAUUUUUUACAACUACCUGUUCACUAUAGGUCAUCCUGCUUUUUAUGCUGGCCAAAGCAACAAUAUCCUAAUCGGAAACAACUUAUCUAACUUUUCUAUCCAGGUUAGAGUCAUUUGUGCAAUUUAAGUGAGUAAACCAACAACAUUCAGGUGUCAAGAUAUGCGAAUUCAGCAAAUAAAGGAUUUUAUUUGUGUUUGAUGUGGACACAACUCAACAGAUGCAGAAAAGUGACAGCAGUGCCCGUGUAAGAACCUUUCACUUGGCAUUUUCUUCUCCUUCAACACUGUAAAGCACGGACCAGGAUUUGGUUUGUGCUUGCUUCAGGUCUGCUUCCUUUAAUUUGGUUGACAUCUCUUUCAUCUAGUUUGUAUUUUACAUCCCUCGCACUGCCUUCUUCCUCAUGCCCUCUCUUCUUUCUCAGUAACUGGUCAGCCAUUGACAACAGCAUGUUUACAUGAUACUAGAGAAAACUGAAUUGUUGCCAUACUCCAAUUAAGACCGGAUUACUGAAGUGCAUGUUAACACCUUAUUCCGACUAUAAAAGACACCCAGAUAAUGUGAUUGGAAAUCGAUUUUCUCUACCAUGUAACCAGCAUAGCCGGAGUAUGAUUGGACAAUGCAUGUUCAUGUGCACCACGCCCCCGUAACCCCAGAACAAAAACACCAGAUCUGCACCUCAUCCAUAGAAAAAGUAGCACGUACAUCACGUACGACAAAAACAACGCUCUAUGAUGCUUCAUCUUCUUGCUCGAAAAUGCCCAGCAGCAGUUGUAGCCACCUCUGACGUCUGGCACGGACCUGCUGUUGUUGUUGACAGUUGUAUGGGGUCAGCCGGAAACAGCACCACUGAAAAGACCCAUAUCGCCCCUAGUUUCGGGGAGGAGGACAUGUUCACAUCAAUAAUUCGAUUUUCUCAGCUGCACGUACACGCAGACAAGAAGUCAGAUUAGGCAAAAAAAGUUAAUUGUGAGCUUAGUUCGACAAAGCUGUGCAUGUAAACGCACUGAAUGUAUCUAAAGUCUGCUUGGAAAUGCAAGUGUUUUGUUGCAGCACUAAAAACAAACCAUUGUGCUUGUUUUAUAUGAUGAACCACCAGGGUAUUUCUGUCCAUCAUUCGUAAUGACUGUUGAAUCAUUUGCCAAUAAAAGCUGAAUGGACUCAUUAAAAUGUCUUCAGACAAUCCUGCUGGGAACCAAAGUUAGAGGAAUGUUUACGGACCAAAAGAAGAGGAAGCAACAACAGAAAUCAGAGACAGUUUGUACCCAGAAAUCUGCCUCCAACAGAGACAGUCCUUUGCAUGCCAACUGUCCAUACAGCCGCCCAGGUGUUCACCAGGACCGUUUUUGAUCCUCCUCCUGCGAGACUCCACCGUGGCAGCACCUGUGUUUGCUCAGAUAUGUGACAGAACCGCAGACCUCUUUAGAGCCAGGUGUGGUGUUCAGGUGCUGGUCAGGAAUCAGGAUGGUUAAGCAGUGCCAUCAGGUGCCCUCAGGCUGCUACUGCUCUCCAGCUGCCCAGCAGUCAGUCACCUGACAAACACACAAACACACACUUACACACAAUGAGAGAGAGAGAGGCUGACUCACCACUUCUUGUUUUCCUAACAGCUGUCUUCAUCAGUCUCUCAGCAGGUACAGGCUGUCUCAGAAACAGUCUUUUGUGGUGUGAAGAAGAGUCUAUUCCUCCACUCAGACAUGUCUCACAGUUAUCUUCGGCCUCGGUAUUUCAGUACGACAUUUAUCAAGACUUCUUGAGCUGUUAUCGAUUCUGGUUCUUCUGUUUUCAAACUCUGGUCAUAUUUUGUCUUGAUGGAAACCGAGCAUGCCUAAAGUAAGAAAACUUCUGUAAGUACAUCAUAUUUCUGCUGCCAGGAAUACUUUUUGUGGUAAAUGUUGAGGUAUUGAUUCUUCAGAGCCUUUAUAUUUUUUCAUUUUCAAAGGGAACCAGAGAAAAAAUAAGCUCUGUACUGUAAAACGUCUAAAAUGUCUGAAACCACGAACCUAUUUUUACUUCAGUUUGAUGUUUAAGUAGGAGCUAAUAUUGGUGCCUCAUUUGGGGCCAUUGGAAGUUUUCUUCUUAAAGGGACAGUCCCCUUUUUUUUUCCAAGUGUGGCUGUAUGAAACACUGAUUUAAGCUUAUAUUUAGUAUUAGGAUGCUGAUGGCCUUGUGGUCUAGGCCUGUCCACAUAUGCAGGCAGCCUGGGUUCGAUUCCACACUGUGGCACCUUUCCUGCAUGUCACUUCUCACUCUCUCCCCCAACAAAUAAAGGUCCAAAAUUAAAUCUCAAGAAAAAGGAGAUUAUUUUCUGGAUAUAAAUUUACAUCUCUGUGAUGUACAUGCACUGCAGGUGGAGACACUUAAAGUGAACACUCUGUGGUCCCAUUAGUCAAGCAGUCUGUCAAGCACUGUCCUUCUUAACACCAAGGGGGACAGAACAACACAGUGUAAUUUAUCUUGCUUUUUCAAGCAUUUUUUUGGAUAUCUUGGAUGUGAAGCGAUGCAGCAGACACGCAUGUUUAAGUUCAAAAGUCAUGCAACACAGUUUAAGACACCACCUGUAAAGCAAUCAGUUUCCCUGUGCUUGUAUUUAAAGGGCUGUAUUACCAUGGUUUCAUAUCCACAGCCCUACUCAGUAUAAUAAAAUUAAUAAUAGCCCUCCAAAAUCCUGAAAGGUAAAUGCAUGAACACUCAACUCAUUAAGUAAGUGUUGACUGACGAGACAAAAGCAGGGUUGCUGAGUUCAAACUUUAUUGUUUGGUAUCAUUAAGUGCACACUUAAAAUUCUGUUUGGUCCUCUGAGACUAGUGAGAGCUGGACACAAUACCCAACACGGUGAGAUAUGCGCUACAUAUCUUGAAUUUCAAAUGGCUUUACGCCCCUGGACAGCUUGAUUUAGAACAUUGUCAAGAGUUUCCUGUAGUCUCGCUCACCUUGUUUGCCCUACGCUGAUGACAAUGCUGAUAUUCUUUCCCAUUGAGAGUUUUCGACCUGAGCAUACAGACUGCUGUCGAGUUAACUCCCUCCACCAGAGUAAAGGAAUUAAUCAUUUUGCCCGUACAAACUCAAAAGUUAGACAUCUACAGUCUUGAUGAUAUUAAGCAGUCGCAUCAUCAAGCACUCUGACAAUGUGUGAAAGCCAUUUGCACUGUGGUUACUGCUGACACUUUUGCAGCUUCCUGGAUGCUGUGGGCCUGGCUGCUCUCCUGCCCAGCAUGUCUGUGGUUCUUUUGAUAGGUCUAUGAAACCUGAAUAGUCCCAGAGUUGUCGGAGCUCUGAAUGAGCGCGAGACCUCGGCCAAAAAAACCCGGAGCCAGCAGCCAAAAAACACGAAGCCAGAGAGCGCUGAAUGGCACUUGGCUCUCUGACUUGUUUCACUCUCAUUAGAUAAACCAAAUGUACAGCAAGGGAAAGAGACAGAGGGGAGGGACAGGUUUCUGCAAAACCUUCUUUUCUAAUUGUGAGUUCUCCCUGGUGACACACUACCUCGCUGUGAAAGUGCUGUAUUUGUUCCCCCUCUCCUAAACGAUCAAGUUCAUUGCAUACCAGGUUGCAACACAAACCAGGGCCAACACACUCAAGAGGCAUUGUGGGUAAAAUAAAAGGCUGAUCUGGGAUACCAGAUGUCAGGAAAAAGUUUGGCAUCGCUCUUUGGACCAGGGCAAUGAUCAGCUUUACAUGAGAGGAGAUACCAGACAUUCCAGAGAGGCGGUUUAUGCAGAACUAGAGGCUGCCAGCCACAGUCUGGGGUCAGCGGUCAUGCUGCAGUCUGCUGAUUAAACCUGUGUGAGAUAAGCAGUUAUUAAACCUGAGGUGUUAUAACUCCUUCACAUCCACCUGUAUCACGAGUGCAAACAUGCAUACAGUCAUAUGAAUAAUGAGUUAAGGUGAGGCCUCAUCUAGAAAGAGCCUGUAUGGAAUCCAGAGUGAGGCCUGAGGCUUGUACUUGAUCUGCAAGAUAUCCAACAUCUUUAUAGUAGCAUGUAGAGCUGCACAAUUAUGGCCGCAGACUUAAUUCACUUUCAGGGAAAUGCAUUAUUAGCACUGCCUUGAACAUAUUUACAGUUGCACAAUGAAAAAGAAAAUAUAAACAAUGCAUCAGUACCAUAUGUAAUAGUAUAACACCAGCUGGUUCAUUUAUUACAGCAGUGAAGUUUUGCCCUACGCUGCCUGAGUUUAGUUUAGUGAAUGAGAUGCCAUUUGUGUAUUUUUAAGAAUAAAAGCCUGAGCUAGAAAGGAGACAGACUGUAGGAUGACUUGUAAAAGCAGCAGGAUGAUGGAUGCUGCCUCUAACCUCAUGGUUUUAUUGCCCCCCUCUCCUUAAAUGACUGUAUCAGCCUGUGAGGAACCCUAAGUUGCAUUUAGACAAUAAGCCUCGAGAUAAAAACCACAAGGUUGUUCAGUUUGUCAGCAAAUUCUUCCAGUUUUGGGUGCUGUUAGCACCACAGAGUCAGUAUUGUCGAAGUACUGGAAUAAGAACCCUCUGCAGCAGCUUGGUUGGAGUACCAAGUUUAUGCUUUCCGCCGUGCUGUGCAAAAACAUUGGUACAGGAAGGAAGAAGAAGUGCGGAUGCCAGCACCAGGGCGAAAACAAGAUUAGGGUUUAGACAAAACACAGGACCACUUCCCCCCCGAGGCCUCUGUGCGGCACACAGCAGGCACCCCAUUAUUACUGCUGGUUUGCAGGAACUGGAUUCAUUACUGCAACACAGGACUCUGGAGAGGCUGCUGGGAUAAACGCUCUAGCAGCAGUCACCAAAAGACUGCCCCCGCCGUCUCUAUCUGUCUUGAGUUACAGCCAUUCUGCUCUGUGGUCGGGACGCAGAUGUUUAAACCAUCUUACUCCCCUCAAGACUGCCUGAAGCUCUUGUCCUAACUGAGGGAGACAACAGUUAUCAGUCAUUGUCAUGUAUUAGGAGGAUGAGUGUCAGUGUAGGUAUGACAGGAUGGCAAGUGUUGCUCUACAGAUGAACCAUUUCAUGAACAUCCAAUGAAUUUCUGAUAUCCAUGAUGUGUUGCAUUAUUUCAUCAUCAUUCCUUGAAUCUAACUUUAAUUUCUGAGCAACUUUGUCGCUUUAAAGUUCCUACAGUUUUAGUGCUUUUUCUUAAUAGUCUAAAGCCUUGUUCAUUCUAUAGAAAUCUUCAAACAUGCUUUAAUUGACACCCAUCAAAAUUCUUACCUGUCAAUGAAAGUAACUUACAUGUCUUACACGUCAUUUUACAUGUAGAAAAAGAGUUUUUUUCGUCAUUUUCUUCCAUUUCAUCCGGGUCCGGGUCGCGGAGGAGGGAAGCCCAGACGGCCUUCACCUCAGCCACUUGCACUAGCUCCUCCGAGGGGAUUCCUAGGCGCUUCCAGGCCAGGCGAGAGACAUAAUCCCUCCCCUGGUCCUGGGCCAGCCACAAGGUCUCCUCACGGUGGGACAUGUCUGGAACACCUCUAACGGGAGGCGUCCAGAUGCCCAAGCCACCUCAGCUGACUCCUCUCGACGUGGAGGAGCAGCGGCUCUACUCUGAGCAGCUCCCGGGUGUCCGAGCUCCUUAACCUAGCUCGAAGGCUGAGCCUGGCCACCCUGUGAAGGAAACCCAUUUCGGCCGCUUGUAUUCAUGAUCUUGUUCUUUUGGUCGUUACCCAAAGUUCAUGACCAUAGGUGAGGGUCGACACGUAGAUCGACCGGUAAAUCGAGAGUUUUGCCUUACGGCUCAGCUCUAAAUUUAAAAUAAUGACAGUUUGUGUAAAAAAAAUCUCCAAUAUUGAAUCAGCCGCAGUUUACUGAAGACGAAUUGCACUUGUGUGAGUUUUAAUCCCCUUACUAUUUCUCCCUUCACCUCCUUGAAUGUGAUUGACAAAGGCUAAUCCAUGUCAGUCUGUGGAAAAGCGGUUAGUAAAAAAUUCAUGAGGUUGAAACUAGACAUUUGAUUUUAUUCCAUCAUGAAGCGAUUCAGCAGUGUUUUUGUAGAGGAAGCUUGAGUAAAUACACAGAAAAAGAUCGAGACCUCUGAGUUCAGUCUGCUGUCUGUUUCCUGGGAUGACAGUGUUUAUUCCUGGAGGAAACUGAACUGAAAACACAGUCAUCUGAGGUUAUGGUUUUUAUCUUACAAAGCAGAAACAGCAUCUGAAGUUGUCAAAUCUGUUGUGAUUUUCAGACGAGCUCUCCACAGAUAUGGAAAACCAAUGUGGUAUUCAUGAAUUUAACCGCUAGCUGAAUAUUUAUCAAUGAUCUUUGGCAAAGCAUGUAAUUACACGAAUUUCCACGAUCUUGAAUAAUUUCACAGCAUUAAACAAGUUUGUUUAAUGUCACCUAUUAGCUGUGUUUCAUUUGCUGUCACGGCACUUUUCCUAUGUCUUAAUUUCACCUGCGUCUUCAUUAUGAUUUCUUUAAUUAGCAUUAAAAUCUUCUUCACAGCUGGAACCUGCUCAGCAGUAAAAACAGAAGUUCUGUAACUAAGACUGACAGACAAGUUACUGCUGUUGUUUCUUGAGUGAUAUGAUGUUUUAUUGGAUUGUGAUUCAGUCGAGCACGCAGCUUGUGGUGUUUGUAAAAGCUCGGUAGCCUACUGUUACUCUUAAAUCCUGUCAGUUAGGGCAGGCAGAGGGGUCACAGCCGCAGGAUUAUUAUGGUCUGCAGAGGGUCAGAGCGCAGCGUGGGGCUGCCGAGAGCCUGUUUAAAGCAAAGAGGAGGGUUUUUAAGAACUUCCACUGGCCUUUAGUGAACUUCACUGUGUUGUUCUCCACUUUUAAAAGCUCUCUUAUCCACAGAGCAAAUAUUUUAGAGACAUUGCAGGCAUAGCUGGCAGUCACUGAUAACUCUUUCUGCUCUGUAGCACAGGGUUAAAGAUGCAUGUCUCCUAAGGAACUAGAAGUAGAGCUGGGGGAUUAAUCAGAUUUCAUUUUCUAAUCAUGAUAAUGGCUCUCCAUGUCUUACACGUUGAAUGAAUCUCAGCCUCCCUCUCUUCCUUAACAAGAGAGCGUGGGCAUGACCCCUCCUCUCAGACAGCUCUCACUAUUACUUCAUCACAAUCAGCUCUGAUCAAAGUUUGGGAGCACGAGAUCGUCGUGGCUCCUGCCAAAAUCAAUGGUGGACUGCUGUAUCUUCAUCAUGUUGUGCUACAGCGGUGCUAACUAUCAAGCAGCCACAGGUGGAGGGAGGAGAGCAGGAAGAGGAGCAGGAGGAGACAGGUGUGAUUAUCCGUGUGUGUCUGAAAAGCCAAGGGACAGAAUGCGCAUGAAAGAAACAAACUUUUUUUCCACUUAACGUGUUUUUCUAAGAUUUGAGAGUUCUUGAGUCUUACAGAAGUUUGAAGUUGUUUGAAGAUGGAUAAUAACUUUGAUAUAUAUUAGGGCUGGGCGAUAAAUCGAAAAUUUAGUGAAAUUUACGACAAUAACAGACAUAAUUUUGCCCAUGUCAGUAUAUUUGGGGACGAAAAAAUAAAAGUUGGUUUUGGAUGUGUGUAGGUAGGCUAUGGUCUCAUGUACCUUUUAAGAUGCUGUCCUACGUCGGAGACGAGACUCCACCCCAUCCAUACCUUAACAAAGAGGGAAAAACAGGUGAUGAGAUGGAGGAUGUUCAAAAGUUGUAGCGGCUGGAGCGGCGGCUGAAGGAGAGGAAGUUAAUGUGGGAGGAGUAGUUAUUGUCCGUUUAUCAUUAUCGAGGUGAACUGCUCAGUAUAUCGUGAUAUUAAUUUGAGGCCAUACCGCUCAGCUCUAAUAUAUAUCAAUCACAAUUACAAUGAUGUUUUUUGUCACUAUUAAGCAACCCUUUCUAGAGUGAUACAUUUUGUAGUUGUUAAAAUGGAAAUAAAAGACUCAACUAAUCAUUUAAAGCUUUGGAAAAAUCUCAGAAAAGUCCAAUUUGAGCACAAUUGUAGUAGUAGUUGUAGUUGCUUUAUAAAAGCUUUAUAAAGGGGUUAAGUUAUCUGUCUGUUUUGUGAGUCUUCCUCAUCCAGUUUGAGUAUCUCUCUUCUCAUUCCGACACAGAUACCUCCAUCUGAGCUUGAUAUCAGUGUGCUGAGGAGGUGUUGUUGGGCUCAAGUUUCAAACUUCUGACUCAGCCCAACAGCUCUUAGCAGAGUGCUGGGCAGGAGCCAUGUGGUUUUCAGUGGAGAUUUGGAGUGUUAAACCAAACUCUUCUUGAGCUGUUAAUACCUCUUGUCCUUCCCGUCCUGCAAACAGUGGCAGCCAGAUCCUUGACAAGCCAGGUCGAAAACUGCUGCCCUGUUCCAACCUGCUGUGGAGGUUGUAGAGCAGAGAACAAGUUUGGCAGACGUAAAGUGCGCCAUGGGCUGUUUCCCACAAAUGUAUUAACGCUUUUCAGACAGCCAGAGAUCUCUGCCCAACCAUGCUGAGUCCGACCAUCCUGCCCUCAGGCCUCGGCUCUGUCUGACACAUCCCGAGGAAUGCUGAUGCUGCUGUCUCUGGGUCAACAAUUCCAGCUUGGACCCCUGUUGUUUGUUUGUCAAAAGUUUCUCCUUUUACGUCUUUUGUUCCGCACCCCCCAUGGAAAGGGAACUCAUUUUGAGGUCUGGCUGAGUGCUGAUUAAAAUAUUAUUAGUCUUUCUCGGAGUGAAAAUGAGGGUCAGGCCGACUUCAAGUUCAAAGCCAGAAAGUGCGAGGCUUUCACUUGAUAAACAGACCAUUUUAAAGAAAGCAACCCCAGGGCUUUGUGGCCAAUACAAGCUAUGAUUCUUGAGAAUGUCUCGUACGCAGUUUGACUCGACUGUCCCGAAACAACCUCCCCACAUUAAAACCUUCUUGUGCAAUUUUAGGACUUUCAUCAGAUGGAAAGACAUUCGAUUUUGGAAAAAGGGAAUGAAAGCAGACAGGAGUCACGAUGGUAAUACAUUCAAAGAGAACUGGCGGUAAAUCUUAUGAAUACACAACUUUGUUUUUUUUCUGGAGAAGCCUUUUAUGUUUGUUUUCCUUGGUCCGUAUCGGUUUGGAUAACAUUGUUUUUGCUGCAAUCUUGGCCUCAGCUUGAGAUUUUGAUCUCAGAAGAUCCUAUAAAUCAAACGAAAAUCCUACAGAUGCUUCCGAAGAGCAGAACAAACUUGAGUUUUCUCAAUGCAAAAGAAAGUUAGGAAGUUUUGAGUAUCACUCUGAAUGUUUUCCUCACAAUCCGUCUUUUAUGACAGCGACAUGCUGUUAUACUUGCAGAAUAUGGUUUAGCAUCGACUUGCUGAAAAAGGCAUUAUCUGGGAAUCAGCAUGUCAAAACCGGUUUGUAUUUUCCAGCAUUAACGGUGCCUCCUCAGAUGUGUAAGCUAGCUCUGCUCAAGCAUGUAUUUAUCCUCUUAUUGACAUGGAUGCUGACUAUUGAACCUUGUGCUGACAACAAACUGGAUGGUUUAGAGCAAAAGGAUGCUACAGACCACUAGACAGAUUUCCACUUCGCCUUAGUUUAUCUUCAAAGGGCUUGAGUCAGGAGAAGGUGUUUCUGGAUCAUGUUUAUAAACAGUCUGGUGUCACAGAAAGUUGUCUUUGGAAGUGCAGUGAUUUCAACUACAGAGUCCAGUCUGUUUUCAAUUCAGUGCUGCCUGAAGACCUACAGAUCACAGCCACCCAGAGCAGAUUUUCAGCAUUGUUGUUUCUCCAGUAUCUCGGAAUUUUUAAGGUAUUAUGUCCUGUAGAUGAUGUCUUACAGUUAUUCUGAACUAUUUGGUCACAAACCUCUCACUAUUUUCAAUGAAAUGUAGGGUUCAAAUGUUCACCAACUAGCAAAAUCCCUUUUUUAAUCAACAUUUAAUUAAUGCAACAUUUUAGGCUCAGAUCAGUGAAGGUCUUGCUGCACCUUUUUGAGGCUUUUUAAUCAUGUUUCACUCCACCUUUCCUGGACCCAACCAUGACACUGGCAGUCUGAAGUGUUCCAUUAAUCAGCUCCGCAGAUCCGGGGUGGAUGUCCUCACUUUGAUCUGUGCCAUACCUGAGCCCGGCACUGUCAUGUAUCUGUCUCUGGACUGUCUGAGCUGACUGGUUACUCUGGUUAAAAGACAAUGGGCACCUGUGUCCCCUUUUCUCCAAUAGAUCAUCUUAAUGAAGUCGCAGUGUUGUGGCAUGUGGCGGGUGAUUAAUACACACAAGUCAUUAAGCCUGCUGUAUGAGAGUUUGCCUCGAGUGAGGCUGCCCUUACUUGUUUAGAGAUAAAUCUGAGGGCUAAGUGGACAGGGCGCUGGCAGGGUGACAAGGCAGCAUGGAUGUUCAUAUUGAGGCUUAAUCAAGAUCACCGAGAAGAGGAAGAGGGGCAUUAAAGGUUAGACUGGACUCAACCAAAUUACAGGCUCUCCUUAAAAAAAACACUUUCUUAUAAAAGAAAAACAAACAAGAGAUACAACCGGAUGUUUAUAUUGAGCUCUUAAGUAUCAAGUCUCCUCCUCCUCCUCUUAUGAAACAAAAAUUGCUGACAUCUUGUGCAUUUGGAGGAAGGGUCUGCACAGCUGGGAUCAGCUCUUAAGGUCCUUACACACCGGGCGAGAAUUCGCCAGGCGAAUUGUUCGCCUUUUUUUAAAACAGCAUAAAGUCAAUGCAAGCUUCCACACCGGCGGCGAUUUUUCUGCGGGAUGGAUUUUCUUUCCAUUUCUGAUUAUUGCUGCUCCUUAAAAUGCUGCAUUCUGUACAAAAAACUGUAAAGUGGAUGGAUUUUUGCUUGUCAGAGCCACUUCCAGACUCCCAAGGAGCCAGACUCCUUUCUAACUAAGUGCAUUACAGGCUUACCUGCAGUGAUCUUUCAUUCAAUAAGGAUAAUUUCAUUUCCAAACAUUGUCCUACACUUUGAGCUUAACUUACAUCUAAAACGGAUCUAUGGAGAAGCUUUAUUAUCUGUGGACAUCUUAUCAAUGGACAGAAAUGACGCAUCUUCAUCAGGCGCUCAUGCUCUCAUUGAUCAUUCAUCUUCAGUGUAGUGCUUUCAGGUUUCAUUGUGAUCUCACCCUAUAUGUUUGUGUUGAUGCUUAAGUGGUUGCCAUGAAUCCCAAUGUAGCUAUGACUGCCUGCAUUGUGCAAGUGCUGCUGAACAGUUUUUUUUUUUUUUUUAUGAUCGAGGUUUGACGUCAUUUGGAGUCAUUAGCUAACAACUGUCUUUGUUAAGCAUGCAUGCAAUGACAGAAUGCACAAGGCCCCACUCAGUGAUUUGAGUUUCCUAUACCCUGUCACAGCAUACCGUGAAAGAAAUCACCUCUAAUUAAUGCCUCUUUGUAUUAAUUCACAUGUCUGUGUCAAAUUUGCACCUAAAAAGGUGCACACUAUAGGCAGAAUUCUUCAGCACAGACCCUUUUGUCUACAGCUACACGCUGCUGAAUAUUAGGGUGACAUAAGCCUCUGGCAGCUUAUCAGUUCUUACCUUUCAUAUUAUCCUUAAUGCUGCAGGUCUACUACCACACAAUGCUCCCUCUCACUCAAAUUAACCAUAAGCAGCUUCACUUUGACAGUCACUUAAAUGCCAAAGUUGAGAAGUGGAACAUGCCGCCUGCUGUUGUGCAGACAAAGAACCGAAUACAUCCAGAUAUUUGCAGUCUGGGACAGACUGAAGUUUAGAAAAGAGGCCUGAUCAUUUUUCCUCCCCUAAGAGCAAGUUUCCAACCACAACAGACUUUCCAAUAGAGCGUGAAGCUCGGCUCCAGAUGGAGCUUCUUUAAUUCUUCAUGUGAAGAGUGAUGGACAUGAUAACCCAGGCUGGAGCAGACCAGGGAUACGUGCUUUACUCGUUUCCCUAAAGUAAACACCCUUGUGAGGCCCUGACACUUGGUCCGGCUGUAAACAGAGGGCAGAGAGGAUUCUGGGAAUCUGGCCCACAGUUGUGUCUUGAUUUGGCAUUUAGCAUCAGCAGCAGUGUCAGUCAAGUUUUGUGUGUCACAAGCAGCAGAGUUGUGCUGAGAGGGACAAAAAUGGCAUUGAAUUAAUCAUUGAAUAGAUAAUUUAAGACCUUUAAAGGGAUAUUCCGGCGUAAAAUUAAUUUGGGGUCAAACACACUGCAACACCAGAGUUAGACAUCCCGUCAAAAGAUGAAUGUUGCAGACCGCUUGCUUCUCUAGUUAUAUCCACUUUAGUAACAACCGCAGAUAGCAAUACAGAGAGCUUUGCGCUCAGCCAAAACGCCACUCUAUAGCCACAAAUAACGCUCAGAGCAGCACCUAACUUCAUCAACAGUACAUAUAGGGUCACAGCCAUAGCACUAGCCACCAAACAUCUUUUUAGCUUUGCCUAAUUUCUUUAGCAAAGAGACUGAACACAACUCACUUACAACUCAGACCUCAGGCCAGUCCAAACUGACUGCUGCGGGGUGACGCAGCUCAAGGAAGAACAUUUAUGAUAAUUUUUUUUAUAAUUUCCUUGAAGUAAUAAUCAUCAUAUUAAUCAUUUCGUACUGCAGACGUGGUAGUUCUUGUGCCUUAGCAUCUCGGUCUGACUGCAUUUCCAUGAAGAAAUGAUCAUAAAUGUUCUUCCUUGAGCUGCGAAACUCCCCCCACAAACAAGCGGCUGCUGGAGGAGAGUGGGUUAGUUGUGUUUAGUCUCUUUGCUGUAGAAAUCAGGCAAAGCUAAAAAGAUGUUUGGUGGCUAGUGCUGUGGCUGGGACCCUAUAUGUACUAUUGAUGAAGUUAGGUGCUGUUCUGAGCAUUACUUGUGGCUGUAGAGUGGCGUUUUGGUUGAUGUUUGUUAAUGUCUCCUCAGACCGCUGUGCAUUGCUAUCGUGCGGUCGUGACUUAAGUUGGUAUAACUUGAGAAGCAAGCGGUCGGCAACAUUUAUCUCUCGACGGUGUGUCUAACUCGGUGUUACGGUGUGUUGGACCCUAAAUGAAUUUCAUGACGGAAUAUCCCUUUAACUGUACUGAAUUAAACUUUUUUUUAAUUUAAAAUAAAUCUUACAGCGUGGUUUCCUAUGGUAUCAGAACAUAGUCUGCUUUAUCUCUAUUCUUAGUGGAUGUUGAAUCUGCACAUGUUGCUCAAAACAUCAUAAGUCCAGUCAGUACAUCCCUCACUCAUCCAUCCAGAGCUUCUCCUCUUUUGUUUCCCUGCUCCAGUUGGCUAGAAAAAUACACAGAUUCAUUUGAUGAUGUCAGGAGCUGAAACGCCCCUUAUAUGGUCGCACACUGUUCCCCCUUUUUUCCCUUUAUUUGGAAUAGAAGAAAUGAGCAGCAAUUUGAAUUAUUGGAGGGCAAAAACUGGCUGCAACUCUUUCCAAACUAAACAUCUAGAUUCCCAAUUCCACAUUUCAGGCAACUUUGUGCAUAGCAGAUCAGUUAGUCAGUGCACAAUUCACUUUGAUUCGACACGGACAAACUUCUGUUUAAUCUCGUACUUUAAACUCUGAAAGCUCUACCCCUCUAUUUCACAUACACUGUUUGGUUUAGUGUUGAAAUAUUGCCUUUGCAUGUUGGCAAAUACAAAUUGCUGCAAGAAUGUGCAGCUUAUGUGGGUUUACAUACAAUACGAUCCAGUAAAAAUAGAGAAAUCUGAUGCAAGAGCACAGACAAAUGAGAUUUAAAGUCACUUGUUGCAGGAAUCAGUCUGGUUUUUGUUUGCAGUGAAAGAGAGAGAAAGGGGAACUAGUAAGUUUCAUCAGGAGGAGACCGAGUGAAAAAGAAAAACAGCCCAGCAGUUUCCCGAAGGACAGCUGAUAAACUGCUUGGCAGGAAAGGCCUUGCAAAUGACUGCAUUCCUUGUUAACCUUGUAAGGCUAUUUUUACCGCUAAAGAGCCUUUUGAGCGGGCACCUUUUGUUCGCCCUGCAGCGUGAAACAGGAAAGACCAGUUUGCAUUGUGAUCCUGUGGGAGUUUGGCUGCAAUCUCUCCGUCUCUCAUCACCGUCCAGCCAUCCAUCCUAAUGUCGAGCUCUGUUUAUGCGAUGCAUCUUCACAGCUCCUGACAGCUGAAGCCAGAAACUCCGCUUCACAGGUCACUGUAAAGUAAUGCGAAAAGGAAGCUGAGGCCAUGCACAUAAUUCACGAUAACGCAAAGAUUGCAGGGAGUAAAAUUGGAGGUUUUCCCAAGUCAUAUACAAAACGUUCCCCUAAAUAAUGAAAGCAGACUCUGCACUCUGCUGUCGAAGAUGUUGACUCUGUAUGUUUGUCUUUUAUUGUGUUUUUAAAAGACAUUCCUCUGCUGAAAAAUCCCUCAAAGGGCCUCAAACAGACCAUCUUCCUGUUGCUCGAUGGAAACAGUCCCUUAAGUGUUCAGUUGUAUUAAGUUGCAGCUCCUCAGGGAUUCCUGGAAGUGAAUGUGAUCAUGUCUUAAGAGGAUUACGAGGAGACCCUGGUGGUGUUCAGCCACAGGUCAACAUCGCUGAUAUGGUGGGAAUGACCUCUCUUGUCACUGCACAUCUGUCAGCGUAUUUGCUGCUGUCAGCUUUCUGAAUUCUCUCAUUUCAGAGAGAAUGAGAUACCAGAGCGUGUGGUUGAAGGAGCGUGACUCAUAAAACACGGUUCCUGUGGGGUAAAGAGCUGAUUUCUUGGCCUUUACAAAGGGUAACCAACAAGUUUCUGAUGGUCUGAUUAGCACAGCGAAGAUUCAAAGAGGGAAAAUGUUCUUGAGGAGGAAUUUUGGUGGGAAUACAGGAAACAUCAGCUCUCAUGGUCAGGCAUGGUAUCAAAAAAAGAGACAGUAAAAUUAGCACUGAGUGGGCAGUCUGGUUCAAUUCUGUUGCUUUUAGUAAAGCUGUCACAGGACUCUGGAUGAACUCAACAGUGGCUUACAUGAAAUUUUAAGAUGAAGGAAGCUGCUUUUACGGCGGCCCAGAGGGUCAACUGCACACAAGUUUAAUCAACACCAAAACAUUUCAUGAAACACAAACUGGAAAAUAUUUCAGAACCGCAGAAACUUUUCACAACAGACAAAAGAUUCACAAAACAAAGACUUUCAUGAAACCACAAAGAUAUUUUAUAAAACGCUUAUUUUGCAGACGGCAUAAUAUUUUUUAGUUUAUCUUAGAAAAAACACAAAAAACUUUAAACAUUGGAACAGACCUUCCUCUACAGCGCUCUUGCAUACUCCCAGGAUUCGUUCUUAUCAGUGCCAUGUGUCAGAAGAGUCAUUGAGGAUUUGUUUUUGGCUGUAAACUAAAAUGAACUUUCUUUCCUCCUUCUAUCAGAGUCUGGACGAGCUGGACGACGAUGACGCUGGAGAGAAGGAGCGGAGGGAGGAGGAGGAGCUGGUUCAGGCCAACACUUUCCAGAAUGAGACCAUGACAGCCGACCCUGCGACUGGACACUUAAUGGUAAGAAGUGACAAGACAAGAGGGGAGUCCAGAAUACAGUGGCUCAUUUGUAACACCCUUUACAUUAUGAAUAGUUUUGGAUGUAUAUAAACAGUUUUUCAACCUCUGUCUUAAAUGUAGAGAUCAUUUAAAUUUCAGUGCUCAACGUUUGUUUCAUAAAAAGGCUCCCAGUAUUACAGAAAGGUGCACUUCUUUUCAAACUCCAAUCUGCUUUGUCACAAACUUCUAUGAUAUCCUCCUUCACACUCCCCUCCGGCAGAGGAUUGCAGACUGAUGCAUCAGUGCUGCCAAACAGAGGCACUGUUGCUCAAGGAGACACCCAGAGAGCUCAGGAUCUGAGUCUGUCUGACAAUAACUCCACUGAUUCAAAGAUCCAAAGGUGUCUCUGUAUUUCAUCAUCACUGUGAAAUCAGUUAAAAGCAAAGAAGAAACAGCUUAAAAUGCUCUUAAAGACGCUCAGAGAGGGGGUUUCUCACAAGUCUGGGGUCAGAGAGCUCUGCUGGUGUGAUGCUGCUCAAUCCUCAAGGAUCACAAACAUGAAUAUAUUUCAACUGCAGGGGUAACUGUUAGAGAGAUAUCCUGGUGUACAAUUAAUUUAGGGUCAAAUACACCAUAACACCAAGUUAAACACCCCCUCGAGAGAUGAAUGUUGUCGACCACUUGCUUCUCUAGUUAUACCAACUUUAGUAUCGACCGCAGGAUAGCAAUACACAGCGGUCUGAGGAGCCAUAAACAAACCUCAACCAAAAUAGCCACAAGUACUAGCCACCAAACAUCUUUUUAACUUUGCCUAAUUUCUUUAGCAAAGAGACUAAACACAAUUCACCCACUCUCUUCCAGCAGCUGCUUGUUUGUAGUGAGACCUCUGCCCAGUCCAUUACAGACUGCUGCGGGGUGACACAGCUCAAGGAAGAACAUUUAUGAUCAUUACUUUAUCAUUUCCUUGAAGUAAUAAUCACCAUAUUCAUCAUUUUGCACUGCAGAUGCAGUAGUUCUUCUGCCUUAGCUUCUCAGUCUGAUUGAGUUUCCAUGAAGAAAUGAUCAUCUCUCGGUGUUACAAUAAGUUUGACCCUAAAUGAAUUUUAUGCUGGAAUAUCCCUUUCAUGUGAUGUCAUAGAUCAGUGAAUAUUUCCUCUAACUAAAGGAGGGCUAAUUAGAAGUGUUACUAUCAAAGUUUAACUUUUGCUGGUCUGGUUUGAAAUACUGGCUAGAUUGCUCAAUACUGCCCCUCAUGACUCCAGGUGGUACUGCAACACUUGGCCUGUACCUGUAAAAGCAACGUUGUUCACGAAUCUGCGCUGUGGGUAAUCGCUCUGUGCUUUUUAGCAGCAUGAAUCAAAGACUGAUGAUGAAUCUUUUCAACUCUGCAAGUAACUUUGUGUUUAUUUAAGAGAAGUGACGGCUGCUGUGCUGAGACAGCCUGCUGUUCCUCUAAGUAAGUGUGGAAGAAAAUUGAUUUUGGACUUAAAGGAAUGAGUAAAAUGAAGCCAAAUUAAAAAAGAAGAGAGCAGCAGAGCAGUUAAUUUGAUGUCCAACACCACUGGAAAUGCACACAGUGAUUUUCAAAAGCAAAUAGUUUCAUCCUGCUGUUAAACACUGAUCAAACUUUAUCCCAAUUUUUUUUAAAUUUCAUGUAAAGUUUCAUCCAGCUGACUUAAAAACUGCAUUUAAAAAGAAACCAAACAGAUGUAUCGCCUCCGCUGCUGAGUGAAGAUCACUGACUGCAGCUCCAGAUGGGUCCGCUGUUACACAUCAGCAGGCUUAUUUUGUUUUGGGGCUGGAACCGUCUGAGGCUGUUUACGAGCAGUGAGGGCUUGUGUACGAUAUAUGUACACAAACAGCGCAAAAACAGGAAGACCGUGACAGCACCUGCUGAGUUGUGGAGGGGAAAAAAUCCAAAUCAAACGGUUUUGCUAUUUACAUGAGGUAGUCCACGGAGUAAACAAACACCCAGCAGCUCAGAGGAGUUUUUCUGCAGCUUCCAUGCGAUCCCGUCUGAAACAGUCCACUCAUGCCUGCCGGAUCUAUUUUUGCCAUCAUCACAUAUGAAGACUAACCCAGUCCAGAUGUAGCUAUGCAGAAAGUAACCAUUAGAUGUCUCACUGUCACUCAAAUCAAACAAAUGAGUCAUUCAUACUCGGCCGGGGGGUCCGCUGCCCGCUCGCUCAUAAGAGGGUGGGCUGGGAGGAAGAAAAGGGCAGACGGCAUGGUCAGUGGAUUUACAACAAAGCUGUCAGUUCGACAUCUGUGGAGACAGAGCAUCCCAAAAAUGUGCCUCUGCUCCAGGGCCCCAUUUAUCAAGGGGAGACAAGCAAUCGUCAUGUCAGGCCCAGGUUGUGAUUUACAGGCUCCAGUCAGACCUUGUAGCCGGUAUCAAGAUAUCAGGACAAAGAGAUCUUAAAGUAGCUCAUGUCAGAGCUGCAGAACUGUUCAGAGUCUCCUCAGGUUUUUGGAGCAUUUCCCAACCAAAACAAGCUGUAAGUCUUCUGUCUUAGCUGCUGAAUACAUAAUGGAAACUCCACCGAGGAUCUAGCAAAUGAAAUAUUUUAUCAGAUGUUUUAAAUUCUGUCCUUUUUCCAUAUGCGGGGCUGUGUUUUAUUCACUUAGAGACGAUGCAUGUGUGUGUGUGAGUCCUUUCUGCGUGUAACAGGGCACAUGUAUCUGAUAUGAACAGGCUCAGAGAGGCCCUCUGCAGGCAUGUGGUCCCUGUUAUCAGGCCUUACCUCCUCCUGGUAUGCAUGUGCUACAAGAAAACCUGUUUCAGUGAUCCGGGAGCCAGAACCAUAUGUAACAUUCCUCGGGAUCAUCUGUAUUUGUUGUGGCGCCAGGUCCAAAACACAGCCGUUCAAGUCCUCCUCUGCCCCUCUCUGCUCACGUGGAAAACACUCUUUCCCUUAACAAUUUCCACCCCGGUCUCAUUUGCAUUUUUAAUUAUCACCCCCCGGUCCGAAAAGCGGUGCUGAUGCGGAGUGUCUCGACUAAUCUGUCACAUGGCUUUUCCAUCCAGGAGCUGCAGCCCCCUGUGCAACCAGGAAACGGAGUCUGGUCCUGUUGCCUGAAACAAUAUUUGUUCACAUUCACACCUCUGUUGGUUCAAGAUUGUGUGGAUUACUGUUGUAUAAGCCAACCAAACCAUACAAUAUUUAUCUUUGACAGGAGUGCUACCAAAAAAAAAAGAAAAAAAAUGAAGGAAGUUGGUGGGAAAUUAAAGAAAAGCAAGAUGAAUUUGACUGAAUUCUUUUUAAACAUCUUUAUAAAAACGGAGUGAAGUUAUCAAAACUCAGGGCUUGACACUAACUUUUUUCAAGGAGCCCAUUUGCUCCUAAGUUGAAAAAGUAAUGAGUAAUGAGUAACACAAAGAAAUUGAGGGGCACAAGGAAAAUUAGUUUUUUUGCAUUGAUGCAGAAAUGUUUUUAUCAAUAUAUUUAAAUUAAAAAAUUGCAUUGGUAUAAAAAGGCCAAAGUUUUCCCUCGCUGUCUCCGCAGGUGCAAAGUCCUGUUUUCAUCCUGAGCCAUUAAUUUAUUCUCCGGUUUGGCUUUUCCGCACUUUGACAUUUAUCCCCUCAGCCAGCAUCAAAGCCCGAGACAGCCGGGUGAGGCCGGCAUCUAAAUUGAAAUGAUGCCUGACAGAACUGCAAAACAUCUCUUUUUAAGCCGCCAAGCAGCAGGGAAACAAUGAGAUGAAGAUUUCUGCAGACGGUUGUGUACAGUUCUUGUCAGGGAUCUUCUUCGUCCAUGAUUUUCAUUAAGAAAGUCAGAUUUCGAUCUUUAGGACCACAGGGCAGGUUUAAUCUGGGUUCAUGUUGAAUGGACUCAGGCAUUUCUCCAUCACUAGCCACGUUUACAUGGGCAAUAUUUCUUGAUCCGAAAAAAAAUUUGAGGGAUCGGAUAAUCUGAAUCCACUGUUUAUAUGGGUGCGAAAUCAAAUAAUCCGAUCAUGAUGUGCGUAUACAUGCACCAAACUUAAUACGUGUUUACAUGGACGCGUUUCAGAAAAUAUGAUCGGCAUAAACCACCCCUCUUGAUCGGAAUACAAAUUCUUUCCGAUUGAGCCAAAUUGGAUCAGAAUCUUCUUAUCGACAUGCUUACGUGACACAUUUUUAUUCUGAUCGUGCAUUUAUUCCGAUUAUUUGUGCCCGUGUAAACGCAGCUACUUACUGAAUCAUCACCUUUUUUGGAGCAUUUCUCGUCUUCUUAAGUUGAUUGAAAACCUUCAGCAGCUUUUAAAACCUUAUCAGCUUUUUGCAGGAAAAAAUCCCUGAACACUGCAGUGUUGGUUGGCUAAUCAGAUGGAAAUGUCACCUUUUUAUAGAACAAAGUGACACACUUUAAGAUUUCUAAAUGUAAUUAUGAGCUGUCAGGACAUAAAUCACUGAUUAAAUCAAGCCAUAAACGUCCAAAAAAGAUGAAUGUGUUAUUUGCAAACUUUCAAAAUGACAUUAGGCGCUCCAAGCAGGAGCACUCAAUCCAAAAAAAAAAAAGAUCAUCUGUUUGAGCUCAGCGAUAAAGUGCGAGUUUUAUUGUUAAUAUUUGUCUCUCUGUAUUCUCAGUAGCUCUGAGCUGCACAGCGGGGCUUAUGGGAGCUGUCAGCGCUGCUCAAGCAUGAUAAAUAAAGUUGCAGAGGCGUGAAUAGUGUGCAGUGAAGAACAUGAAUUACGCUGACCUUGUCCCACAGAUUCAUAUCCCAGAUAGGAGGUGCACAUGGGGGAACAAUCUCAAAUACGAAAUAGUUUUGUGUAAUGUAGUGAAUAAACCCUAGGAGGUUUUCUAUAAAUAUGAUUUCAUCUUCAGCUUUUUGGAGGCUUUAUUAGUAGCAGAGGGACUUUGAUGAUCUUAAUAUUCUCAAACUGCAAGAGUUUAAGAAGAAAUGAUGGGGUACAGGAUGCUGUUUAUAACUCAAACCUGCCCCUUACUCUUUUGUUUGAUGCAUAAAUAUUGUUUUCCUUUAUUUGGUUGGAUCAGCUGCCUCACAGGGACUCAUUUGAACCGUCAAAUUAUCCAGUUUGUUUAUUAUCUUUAAGUCUAUUAUCUCGUCGAGGUACUUAAAGUCAGGGUGAUUUACAGAUUUACAGAUUUGAUGCGGUGUUUCGGUCUGUGUAGCUUGUCACCGAGGAGGACUGACUGUUGUUUAAAUCUCAAUUAUGCUUCGUCAUUUCUUGUAUCAUUUAGAGUUGUUAUUGUGUUGUCAACAUCAGAGCUAUUGGAAACCAGUUAACCACUCUAAUAUAUCCUUCUCCUUUUUGUUGGCUGCACACAUUGCAGUUGGGCAGUAAUCCAAACCAACCAAAGAAACUCUUGGUCGACUAAAACCCUGAAAUUUUCGACCAAAAAUCUACUUAGGGGGCUUCAGCAAAGCACGGCUUGGCAGAGUGAACAUAUAUACUGAUAUAACACAAGAGGGCAAACACAAAACACAAAAGGCUAAAAUAUAUAUGCAGCAAACCACCAGACACAAUAUUUUUUUUCGCAGGAUGGUAGGGAAAAGUCCCUCCUCCUUCGCCUCUGAUUGGCUGUGAAAUGUUUCACAAGCCCAAGCCGAGCGCGAGCUGUUGACUCUGUACAUCGAACAGAACAUUAUUGCAAUUCUGAAUCUCCCAACCCAAUCCUAACCCGACAGACGAUGAUGUUUCACAGCCAUAAGGAAUACCCAAUUGGAGCCCAGCAAGUCUACCAUCCUACCAUCCUACAAAAAACAAAUUCCUGCCCACCGGAUGUUGAUUAACAUGGACGCUCUUCAAUCUUUCUGUCUCCAGUCUCCACCCAAAUGGUGAAGACAAGGGGGUUGUUCUGAGACAGGUUGUUCCCUCUGAAAUGGGGGUGCUCUAAAAACACCCCCAUUAGCACUUGGUACGUUCCCCCUGAUGAAAUUAACCAUAGACUGUAAAUUGACGCUGAAAAAAAUCGAGUCGACCAAUCAGAAUUUUGGUCGACUCAGCACGUAUCGACCAAUAAGUCGACUCGGACUUUACAGCCCUACGUCACAGUGUGCAAAUGAAGACCGACACAUCAUCACAGGAUCUCUGAACAGUAAUGACUUCUCCCAUAUCACCUUUUUGACUCGUAUUUCAAAUCUUUUUCACCUCAGACCAUCAUCAGUCGAGCCCACUGACCCUGAGCAGUGAACCGUCUCACUUCAAACACCAAACAGGUUCAGGUUUGAUCUCAUAAAGCAGAUUUAUUUAAACUAUCCCUGGAUAUCUCAAAGCAAACUGUUAUUUCCUUCCUCAGAAAGCAGCAGCCUGAUUUUCUAGGUCAACUGAUUUUUUUCAAGAGGUCCUUAUGGUUUAUAUAGGCUGCAGUAGACUGUGAUAGGGCGAGUGCAAACACACAUUUACAUUUAGACAGCAUUUCUUUAUUCCCACGCUGCAGUCUGUGAAGAAUGGAGUCUUCACCUGCCCUAAAAACUACAAUGUGUGUCACAUAUCUCAGCUAAGAGUGGAACAUGUACGGCCUCAUGAUUUUACUUUUUUGUGACUUUUAAGAGUACAACAGUGAGGAAACAUCUUGUGUUUUAAAUAAAAACCUUGUGAGAACACGACAUGUACAUAAAAAACAGACAUUUUACAAAAAAAAAAAUUUAAGAUGUGGCAAACAAAAAUCAACCCACUCAAACAUAGUUUAUGAAGUUGCAGGUCAACAUGUCCAAACACGUUUUUGGCCUUUCUUUUAUAAGAAGACUUUACCAGGUCAGACUCUAAGUAGAGUCUCUUCAAAGAUCGCAGAGAGAGUCACCAACAGGCAGGGAGACAUCUUCUUUCUCUUUUUUGUCUUCUUCUCUAUGUUCUUCAUCAUCUUCCUCAUUUUCUCCUCUUCUCUCCGUCUCAUUUUGUUGUUGUCUUCUUGGUUCCUUCUUUGUAGUCUUCUCUGUCUUUAUCUUAUUCCUCCUCUUUUGUGUGUCCACAUCUGUAUUUUCUCUCUUCUUUUUUUUCAAGUUCUUCCUCAUCUUCUUUGGCUUUUUGAUUUUACUUCCUCAUCUUCUUUGUCUUCAUCUUUUUUCUUAUUUCAUUUUUGUCCCCCGUCUUGUUCUUCAUCCUUGUCUUUGCAUUCUUCCUUGUUUUCUUUCUUGUCUUCUUCUUCAUCUUUAUUUUUUCUUUAGCCUUUUUCUCUGUCUGUCUCCUUUCUUGUCCUUUUUGUUUUCUCUUCGUUGUCUUUCCCUUCCUUAUCUUUAUUUUUUGAGUCACUUUUCUCUGCUUGUAUUUUUCUCCAUUAUCCUCUUCUUCACUCUCUUCAUCAUGGUUUUCUUCACUUCUUAACUGAAUCAUAACUGCAUCUUCUUUUGCUUCUUUUUUUCCUCUCCUCAUGCUUUUAGUCUCUCUGCUUCUUCCUAUCAGGGCAUUUUAUUCCUAGGAUGCUAUAGCAUUUCAAAUAUUCCAAGCACUCACAGUGGUCCUUAUUUUCCCUCUGUCUCAGAGAAACUCUACAGUCAGAAUCCCUCGCUGUGUAAAACUUGAAGGGUUCAGGCAGCGUCUGAAGUGACAGUGACACGUUUCAAGAGUAACUCCUUCAUCCCGUCUUUGACUGAAAUCCUGAUAAUACUGAGAAAGAUACGACAGCGCGAGAAGUGGAAUUUUAAGUGAGGCUGGAUUUCACCCAAUCUGUGGAAAUGUCAGAACCGUCACAUCCCUGUUUAGUCCAGGUGUGCUUGAGUUGAACUUGCGCGGAUGAAGCAUUACUGAGACCGCUCUCUGACUGUCCUCCAUCUUAGUAAAUCUAUCCAGGCCUGAACCGGGGGAAGAGAUGAAGGCCGGGUUUCAUCCACCUCUAACAGAUGAUAUGUCACUGAGAUGGAGAGACUCCUGCAUGCUAAGACCAAGGCAGUGUCUCCCUCACCCGCUAUAGCCGAGUUCUGACUGAUAGAUCACAACAGAGCCAAGGCUGCUCCUUCAAACCCCGAGACCCCUCACUGCACAAGACCUUAGGAGAGAGAGGAUGUGCAUUCAUCUCACAGCCUCUGUGAAAAAAAAACACUCAUUUUUCUAGGGCAGCUAUUCCACCGAAGGCGUCUUUGUUGGAGCAUCACUGCUGUGCAGAUCUAAACAACCUUUAGAUCGUACAAUAAUGGAAGAAGAAGAUAAACAUUCACCUCCAUGUUGCAAAACAAGAUUGCCUGAUACAACUUGAGGCUAUGGUGCUCCUGCUGAGCUAUUAAAUGCAACAAAGCUCAUCUAUAUAUCAGCUCCGAAACGUUCAUACACAACCUAAAGGCUUUCUAUUAACGCCGUCCCUGAUAAAUUUCUCUUAUCCAGUAGAUGGGAUUCUGUGAUUUCUCCUCUUUUGAACCAACACGACCCAAGGCGCACGAACACAACAGAUGAUACCCCAAUCCUCAUAUCUCUCUGCAGACUUUAUUUUUGGACUGAAUGUAUCGCUCUCUCUUUUUUUUUCAUUUCAGGAGACCCCCAGAUCUGGGAGCGGCCGCCACAAGAGGUGAGAAAUAUUUUAUUAUCCUGACAGAGUUUCCCUGCUGUGGCGUCAUGAGUAAUGUGUUAAGAAAGGGAACGGAAUAUAAAACAGAAGUUUAAGUCAUUAAUUAUUCAAGCAGAGAGACACUGAAAUCUUUCAAAGGACCUUUUCCUCGUGCGUCACUGUUUAUUUUUCCCCUCAGAGUUGCUUCCUUUUUUUUUUUUUACUUUCUCGCCUAAGACAGAUGAGUGUUUUGAGCAGUAGCUGACAGGACACCAUCUGGACCUCAGACUCUUCACAGUUGUCGCUGGCUUUGAGAGUUGAGGGUCAGUCUUUUCCUUUCAAAGGUUUUAGAGUUAAAAGCGUGGUGCCGUCCGGUGGAGAUUGCUUUUGGAGUUUGAUAACACGGUUUCAAACGUUUAUUCUCCUCCUCAAACAACCUUCAGAAGAAAAAAAAAAAAGGAAAGAUUGUGAAGGCAUCUGUUUCAGAUGGGAUUUAAUUAUUGUCUUUGUUUCAUGCAGUUUCCAUAAAAUGUCAUCUAAUGGUUUUGUUACUGCACCCAACCAAGACAGAAAGCAAUGACAUCAUCAUGAGUUUUAGAUGUGUUCUAGAUGGAAAUGAAAUGUGUGUCUAACAUAGGUUUAAUAUAGAAAUUAAAGAAAAAGAUGUUUUUAUAUAGAUUUCUAUACAUAGGAACCUUUUUGGGAGACCUCCAAAACAGACUUGGUCUCAGAUUUUGGUCUUUGGAUUUUGUGAUUAUCAGAGAAAUUUCAUAACAAAACACUCAAGUGUCAUCUGAAGUCUCUUGUAGGGCUGCGCGAUAUGGCCUCAAAUCAGUAUCAGAAUAUAUUGAGCAGUGCACCUAACGAUAAAUGGACGAUAACUACUCCAAAAGCUGCUUACCCUCUCUCACAUUAACUUCGUCUACUCCAGCCGCUCCAACUUUUGAACCGUCCUCCAUCUCCUCACCUGUCUUUCCCUCUUUGUUACAGACUGGAUGGGGUGGAGUCACGUCUCUGACGUAGGACAGCGUCUUAAAGUGACAUGAGACUAUAGCCUACCUACACACAUCCAAAAACAACUUUGAUUUAUUUAUUUUUAUAUAUUGAUAUGGGCAAAAUGACGUCGAUUAUUGUCGUGAAUUUUGGUAUUGGUAAAUUUUCGUUUUAUCGCCCAGCCCUAGUCUAUUGGGUAUUGUAUCAGCUGAUGUUUGCCCUCUUGACAGACUUUAUCAGCAUAUAAUGGGCCAUGCACACUUGUCCGUAGCUGAUGUUUAUUUGUAUCUUAUUGCACUGUAAAGAUUGAUGACAUGCAGCUGGUAAGAUAUGUUUCAGGGACGUUUUAAGGAGAGACAGCUGACUACCAACAGAUAUGAAGAACUCAAAGAAGUAAUACCAACUAGGGCUGGGCAAUAAACCAAAGUUUUACCAAUACCAAAAUUGACGACAAUAACCAAUGUCAUUUUGCCCAUGUCAGUAUAUUCAGUGUCAAAUAAAUAAAUAAAUAAAAGUUGGUUUUGGAUGUGUGUAGGUAAGCAAUGGUCCCAUGUCCCUUUAAGACGCUGUCCUACGUCAGAGACUUGACUUCACCCACUCCAGUCUGUAACAAAGAGGAAAAGACAGGUGAAGAGAUGGAGGACGGUUCAAAAGUUGUAGUGGCUGAAGUUGACAAAGUUAAUGUGGGAGGGAGUGAGCAGCUUGUGGAGUAGUUAUCGUCCAUUUAUCGUUAUCAAGGUAACUGCUCAAUACAUCGUGAUAUUGAUUUGAGGUCACAUUGCCCAGCCCUACUACCGGCAAUUGAAAUUAGCCAAAUUGUUAUUAAUCAACAUUGUUAUCAUUAUCAACACUAAAAUUCUUAUUCAGUUCCUCUCUAACUAGUUUUUAAAGGGGCCUUUAUAGAAAUAUUAGACCUGUAAAUGCCCUUUACUGACAAAACUUACUUUUUCAGUUUUGUGAGGCUAAACUUUUGACAAUCCAGAACUCACAGACACCAUCAUGACGGACCAUUUUGAGAACCUGGGUGCAUGUCCAGGGUAUUUUUACUCUGCCAUAUUUGUAACCGCACUGAGAAGAGAAGUUCUCAGCGACAACAAGAGCCAAGUUCGCCAGCUGACAUCCGGUCUGGCUGUGUCAGUGUGGCUGCUGCUCCCAUCAACUGGCCUGUCAACGCUUGUGCGCUCCAGUUUGUCUGGAGCAGCACAAAGAUGGCUGACAGAUCAUUUCGGUUGUUGCUGCCUUUUUUUUUGUUUAGAUUCAAGCUUUUUCUCUGGACAUGUUUCCCCCUAGUUUCUGUGUCUUACAGAUAAUAAGCAAUUUUCCCUCAAAAUAUCGUGUAAAAUAUUGUCCGGCUUUUGGACAGUGAAAAAUAUCCGAUAGAUUUUUACAUUUCCUGCUGAAGCUACAAGACUUUAUUCAUGAAUAUGACUAUUUUGUAUCAAAAAAAGAUCAAAUAUUAUGAAUGACAUUUAUGAAGCUGUGCUAUAAAGAUGAUUAUUGAUCAUUUAUUGUUUUUGUUUUUUUACCCAUUUUGAGGGAACAGCUGUUAUCAGGGUCAUUUAAAGCCGAAAUAAGAUGGCUGUUCAUUGUGUGUAUUUUGGGUUUUUUUGUGCAGUCUUCAUUUCAUUCCAUUCAAACACUCAAGCUCAUAUGAGACAUUGUCAUGUCUGUCUGCUGCUGCUGUCUCUGCUUUCCCUCCCCACCUGCUGAGGCUCCCAAGGGGGAGUGAUUGGCUCAGCCUCCUUCUCCCCCAGACCUCCCCCUGGGGUGCUAAUGGGCCAUGGUGUGAUAUUUAGUAUCCAGGCCAUGGUUGUUUAGGCUGUGCUUCGACACCUGCUAUGUACCUGUCUGUGUGUGGAUUGUUUGUGUGUGUCACAUUCAAGAUAUUUCUUGAAGAACAGAGACGACAAAUAAGGACGUAAACAUUCACGUUAUGGCUUCUCAGGUGAGGGGAUGUAUGUGUUGUCAUGCUUUGUUACGUAUACGUCUAUAGGUGCGCGUUUUCACAAACAUUUUGCAUCGUGUGCUUUGUGUGUGCGCUCAUGCUGAUAAAGGACAAGUGGCUGUGAAGAGCCACAAUGAGGGAGACAAAUGAAUUCACUCUAUCUUGGCGUGGGCGAGUGCCAAGGAGAGCAUUUCAAGGACUCCCUCUUGAUCAAAAGCGAUGGCCGCUGUUUGGCUCUUUGUGAGAGUGAGCGGGAACAAACUGUUGGUCCUGUAAAUGUCGCGGUACAGAAAUAAAACGCCUCUGCUUUUGUUUAAGGAACUGAGCUUCGAUAGGUGAAAGGAGGCAGGCUGAGUUGAGUGAAUAAAAAUAUAUAGGAGAAAAGUUGGGAAGAGGAGUGAGAAGUUUAACACAAGGCUCAUGUUUCUUUUUAUGGAGACUUUUAUCUUCUAAAACUAAAACUGUUUAACUCUUGCAAGUUUAUAAAGAGUUCAGACAUCCACCGGAUCCUUCAACAUGAGCCACCCUUUCAGUUUAAAGUACUGAACCAUUACAAAAUUUCUAAUAAGAAAAAUGCUGCCCAAAAAUUUCUUUACCUUUUGACACUACAGUGUUUAGGAUUGGAAAAAAAAACAGUCACAUUGAGCAGUCAGAUGCCCCUGACAAUCUCACUAGACGGUAAAACCAUGGUAGCCUUGAACAACAAGAAGCACCUGGAAUAUGCACCACUCCGUACUUCUCAAAGAAUUUGAAUAAUUCUAUUUCUCAAAAACCAGUGGUUUCUUUUACCUCUAAGUCAUGGUUUCAGACCACACUGCUGUAGCAGUACAGCAUUUAUUUAAAUAAUUUAGCACACUGUGUUGAGUUCAUUUGAUUCCUAAAUCAAUGCUGCAUUACAGUUACCUCGGAAUUUAGAUGUCGGAGCUGGGAAUGAUGUUACACGGGAGUUGACAGCAUUCCAGUUAACAAGUUGGAAAACCAAGAUGGACGCCUACAGUUAGCCGUUGUUACCUGUUGUUUACAAUUGUCAGAUGUUGUUAGCCGUCGUCAGUUCUUGUUAGUUGUUGUUAGCUAUACCAGUUGUAAACUACACAAAGGUUUAGUAUCAUGACAUUGUCGUGAGUCAGGGUCGGGGAGGAUCGUCCGACUUUCCGAGUCGGAAAUCCAACUUCAGGGGUGCAUUCCAGAUGAAUUUCCGACUUGGAAAUUCGGACUUCCGAGUACAACUGGAACGCAACACAGGACCCUGGAAGGAUUGCUAAUAUGGACUUUAGAACUGUUUAAAAUACAAAAUAAUAGAACAUGUAAUUGAAAAUGCAAUAAAUCCCAGUUUUAACGGUAAUCGUUUGACACUCCUUAUAUAAACAUAGACUUUGUAACACGACCGUCCAAGUUUGAUUUUCAUCUGAAUCUCCACUGUCCCACAUUUUCACUCUUUGUCUGCAUCGUCUUUGCCAAGCACAGACUAAAAAUGACAUCAAACCUCUGUUAUGACAGUUUUAAGCAUUCAGCUCACUGCUGCCUCCAAUCCCGCAGUCAGAAGCGCUCUGUAAAGUUGUCUAAUAACGGGAACAUCAGCAUUGGCAGAUCCUGAAAAGAGUCCAGAUGGUACAAAGGAGUAAUGUUUGUUCUUUGUCUUGCCAGCAGCUUCCAUGUUUGUUUCAGCCGUAGAAAGAUUCAGACAGCCUCCUACAGAAGAUCCUGCGAUGUCUACAGACUCCACAAUAAUUUGAUUUCCAGGGAGAUUUUUUAAACCUGGCACCAUCUGAUGUGUUUUUUGAGGGGGCGGUUAUAAAACCAGCAGCUGAUUCCAAGUUUCCAGAUCGAUAAUUAUUGAAAUAAGGUCUCUGCUCAUGACUAUGCUUACCUAGCUGCCCCAGAAUGUGUCCCACAGAUGUUAGGAGGAGAUACCUUAAUGUUUAGCUGGAGCUGCUUAUGAAAACCUUUAAAACUGCAUUUUUUUUCCUCCACCACCCUCGGACCAGCUUCUCCUUUCUUGAGCUUGUUGAAGUUGUUACAGGUAAAUGUUAAAUUGCCUCUAAAUCAGAAUCCUUUUUGCAAACUCUUGUCAGGCUUUUUCUCCAUUAAUGAAGUAAAAGACAGAGGGCUGUUAAUAAUGCAUGCCUAAUUGAAAGGGCAGAGACACAGAAGAUAUUCCCACCUGCUCUUUUGAUGAUGGAUGUGUCAUCCUAUUGAAGUUUAAUAAAGACGCUAUGAUUCAUACCUUCAAACAGCCUCGGUGAAAGUACGCUCCUGGAAACGGCCACAUAAUUCACAGCUUUUACAGCUCUAUCUUUAAAAAAAAAAUGUUCAUGUUAUGUUUGCUUCUGGUUUAAUUGUGUGUCUCUUUGCGUUUGUUACAGCUCUGCAGGCCCGGGGUAUGAAGAAGAGGUAGUCGGCAACAGCAGACAAAGACACAACCGUCACGGCAGAGAUGGAGGAGCUGCAGCUGCAGGAAGUUUGGAGAAAAGGAUCGAGGAGCUGGAGAAAGUAGGUCCUCUCACCCUGCAGUACAUAUCACUAAAUAAAGCCUGCCCAUAGUUUCCUCUCUUGGCGUGUUUCCCUGCAGCUGUGGCGUCUGUGGAUACACCUGGCAAUAAAAGCCAGGUGUGGUUGGAGCCAGAGGAGGUUUGAAGCAUAGCAACCUCCACAAAGUUAGGCAAUACUUUUUGUACCAAGGGCCAGUCGAUGUAGCGUAAAUGUGAUAAAAAUAGGACAAAAAAUAUGGCUUCUUCCCUCUGAGCCACUAACAGAGUACUGCAACUUUUCCAUCUUGAGACAGAACAUUAAAUUAUGAAACCACCGUCUAAGCAAGAUUGCACCUCUGGCCGAGAGUCAACUAAACAGUUCUGAGCAACAUCUCAAGAGAAAAGGUGACUGAACCCGUCAGCUGUUGUCAUGUGACAGCAAAGCCUUGCAGAGUUUUGGCAAUGCUUUGGAAAGAGCUUUGCUUCCAGUUAAUCCAGGCUGGGGUCGCAGCGACAUCAAGCUGGGCGAGUCGACCUAGACAUUCCUCUCCUGUGCGACCUUUUCCAGCUCUCCCUGGUAAAUAUGAAGACAUUUUUUGGACCAGAUGGGUUAUAAUCCCCACAACAAGGGUCCCCAAACUCCUGCAUAACUGCUGAUGCUGUAUCAGUCGAGCGGUAGAGGAUUCUAUGCAGUUGCUUUUGUUUGCUGUUUAAGUAAUGAGACUUCAGUGGAGAGGAUUUUUCGCUUGCACUUCUACAAAUCCGUCUGUAUACAAGGAUUGAUGAAAGGCUAAAUCUUUGCCUUUGUCUGUUUCGCUCCCCACACAAACUGUUUCCCUCAUGAAAGCGGUUCUGGCAGAAACACAAGGAAAUGGUAGUUCUUGGACGACAAACCAGAACACUUUGAACGGCUCCUGCCAACACAUUCUGCAUCGGUGUAAGAUCUAUUAAUAAGAGAAGACGAGCGAACAUUCUUAGGACGUUAUGAAAACCGGUGCACGUCUGAGGCAAACUUUUCGAUGUUUUUCUGUCCUCUGCCAUUCUGUGUGUAACCAUAGAGGAGGUUUUUUCCUUUUGUGCAGAAUGAAACAUGCUGUCACUAUCCAAUCCCAUCAGCUUUUAAAUCCACCUUGAGUUUUCAAAAGAUCCAUCCUGAAUUCUUCCGACUGAAAAACCUCGACAGACGGCGAAUUGUUCGGAUGAAUCUCCACUUUGAGAAGUUUGAGCGGCUGCCCCAGUUUUGAUUCCCGCGGCUCUGCGCCGGCUGAAAUUCUCCUCGGUUUUGUCAAAGACGUGACCUUUUUUUUUUUCAGCGCAGAUAUGUCUUUUCCUCCCACGCUGUUCCCAUCAAACUCUCAACGUCUCAAAGAAGAAAUUCAACUCUGAACAAAUGUCACCAGUGCGGCUUUCUAAAAGGGUUUUAAAGUGUGAACUGUUAUGACCUCAGCGACUGUCUGUCCGAGGUGUUUGAGUCAAACGGGCAGAGAGGUUUUAAAGAUCACAUUUCACACUCUUAUUUUGACACAUUGUUUCCCUCACUCUCCCUCAGUGACAGAUGUGUUUAUAUGAGAUUACCUUCUCCUCAGUGCGACUUCAGGUAUCGCUGAAAAACCCUCACUAGAAUCUUUGUCAUGAAUAUAAAUCUCUCGGGAACAUUUGUUAUUCAAAGCCUAGUUAUAUUUUAUCUCAACUGAGUUUGAAGCACUACCUGCUCAUUUAGUUUCUAUGGCAACACUUUCAUGCAUUCCCAGCGAUGGAAAGUGAAAGUAGAAAUCCCGGUCUUCUCUUUUCCAUUACACACCCAGACAGCAGUUUAAACACUGAUGCAUGUGGAUUUAUUGACAAAGAGUCUGUUACGGGGACGGCAGACAGUCCCACACUGUCUUUAAACCAGGAGUAAUUUCAAAGAAACACAAAGACUGUUCCAGAAAGAAGCUUUUAAUACAUUGUUCCCUGACAGUUUGUAUUGUGGUAAUCAAUUUUUUGAAGAUUAGGGCGAGUGAGGAAAUAAGAGAGUAACUAUUUUAACUGUCACACAACAAAAGUUUAAUGCUCAGUAUAGACCGGGUCCAAACAGCUUUUAACAAAGGAUGCUUUUAGGAGUUGGAUAUGUCUUCAACCAAGAGGGAGGGAAAUUACUUCAUUUUCAGUUCAUUUCAGAAAACUUAAUUUUCCUCUAAGGGGCGAAACAACAAAAGACACAAAAAACACGAACAUUAUAUUUCAGGGUCAACAGGGAUACAGUUUUGAAAAAGAAUAUGAGGCUGAGUUACAACAAAAAUUAAAAAGUUUCUGACAUAUUUUAGAGUUUGGAAAAGUUUAAAUUCUAACCCAAGACUUUGUUAAAAUGCUUCGACCACAUUAAAUCAAAUAGACACUUUCAAAACUAAAAAUGAGAGUUUUAAGUUAACAGUUUACAGUUACGACUAGGGCUAUGGCCUUAAAUCAAUAUUACGAUAUAUUGAGCAGUUCACCUCGGUAACGGCAAAUGGGCGAUAACUACUCCACAAGCUGCUCACAUCCUCCCUUGAAUCGUCCUCCAUCUCCUCACCUGUCUUUCCCUCUUUGUCAUGGACUGCAUGGGGUGGAGUCACGUCUAUAACGUAGGACAGCAUCUUAAAGGGACAUGAGAACAUAGCCUACCUACACACAUCCAAAACCAACUUUUAUUUAUUUAUUUAUUUGACACCAAAUAUACCAAUAUGGGCAAAAUGACAUUGGUUAUUGUCGUAAAUUUCAGUAUCGGUAAAUUUUCGGUUUAUCGCCCAGCCCUAGUAACACGACUAAAACGUGAUCAGGAGUAGACACAAGCGUGUGGUUCUUUGGGGGACAGGAUAUCAGGAGGUGCUGCAGUUAGAGCUGCCAUAAGUAAUGAUAGCACAGCUUCAAGGUCAAGAUUCCAUUAUCAUCCAUCAGUCAUCAAAAAUUAUUUCAUGUUAAAAAUUUGUGUUUCUUUGUCUUUGGCAGCCCAUCAGAAGCUGUGAGCUGAGCUGCCAAUAACUCAAGCUUAUCUUGCUUCCCUCUUUAAUUUUGAGUUGCUCUACAACCAAAAUUCAUUGUUAUGGGAUAGAGCUGAGCCAUAUGGCCUUAAAUUAAUAUCACGAUAUAUUGAGCAGUUCACCUUGAUAACGAUAAAUGAACAAUAACUACUCCACAAGCUGCUCACUCCCUCCCACAUGAAUUUUGUCUACUUCAGCCGCCGCUCCACCCACUACAACUUUUGAACUGUCCUCCAUCUCACCUACACACAUCCAAAACCAACUUUUUAAAAUUUAUUUGACAUCAAAUAUACCAAUAUGGGCAAAAUGACGUUGGUUAUUGCAGUAAACUUCGUUAUCAGUAAAUUUCCGGUUUAUCACCCAGCUCUAGUUACUACCUAUGACAGUUAUUGUUGUGUCACACAGUAGUGAUGCCUAGCCAAUCAGAUAGUGUUAUGGGCGAGACAACACACCAGAAGCAGAGCCAAAGUAUCAUUCGCUGUUUUAAUCGGUCAGUUUCAGAGUCCGAGUUACAACUGUGAUUCAGAUCUGCUGUUGUUUAAAGCUCCUGAUAGGAAUUUUUGAUUGGUUAUGAAACAGACUGAAGUGAACAGGGAUUCUUCUCUUUGACGUUCAAAAGCAAAUGAGACCAUCAACAACAAGACAGACAGUUUCUGAAUGGUGAUUAUUGAUGCCUGUAGCUGCUGUGAGGGGGUUAGGUGUGCUGAAGAAACAGACUAAUGCUCGCACUGAGUGACCACUUUCACAAGGACUCGACAAAUUAACAACAAUGAAAGUGUUGUUUAUGAUAUAUUUAUGAUUAAUAAUCGUGUCACUUUUUUGUUUUGUGUUUUUAGGAGCUGGCAAGAGAGCGUCAGGAGAGCGCCCGGAUGCUGAAAGCUCACCAGGACAAAGACGACCUCAUCGGGAAGCUGAAGGAGGAAAUUGAUUUGCUGAACAGAGUGAGUCCAGCCUACGUGAUUUUCUGCGCUCAUGUCUGAUAUCAUUUAUUAUUCCUCUUGUGUUAUCAUGUGUGGGAGGCAUGAGGGGGUUGUAAAUCAUGAUCUCACGGGGUUUGUUUUUAAUAGCUUUGUUUAUUUACUUGAAGUCCAUUAGGUUUCAAACAUCAGAAAACAUUUCUCUUUUUCGAUCUACACAUUUGUUGAAUGAUAGAAAUUAAAUAUUUAACUCAGAGGCAUUUGCACUAUUCGUUUUUUAAAUUAAACAGAAUUUCACAAGUGCUUUGUUGACGAUUGAGCAGAAUACUUUGUCCUGUUGACAUCAGUGUUCAUUGUAUUUUUCCAACAAAACGAAUUCUUUGGGUGUCGCUCAGAAAUUUUGAAAGACUUUCUUUGAGGUUUGUUGACUUAAAUUCGAGGUUCUUUUCAGCCACAGUUGACAAUCCCUAUUGUUGUCCUCAGCCCAGAGAGCUUUGGGCAGAUUGGUUUGUUGAAAAAGCCAAAAAGGAGAAAUCAAUAAGUUGGAAAAUAUUUGUUGGCUGCCGUGAGCAAAACAAUCUUCAACUUUUCAACCCGGCUUCUGUCUGCUUUCAUAGUUCAAGGGAACUUUUGCAAUAAUUUGACCAGUCGGCUAAGUUGGAUUUGACAGAGUUAUGCUUCCAGAGCUCAAAAACCCUCAAGUCAUAAUUGUCAAAGUGAAUUUUAAGCACUUUUUUUUCCAGUGAAGUCGAACUUGAUGAUACCCCAAAUUACACCCAGCUUGUUUUCAUCCAACCAGUGAGUCAGUCUCCCUCUGGAGUAAGAAAAAGAUCACAAUCAGCCUCUGUGUUCAGAAGAAAAGCCUUAAUUCAAACCUGGAAAUGAUUUUUCUUUGUACACUCUGGACUGCAGGGUGGAGUUUGCUGAUUAUAAUUAGAUAACUGUAUUCACCAUCACUAUGACGGAGAGUCUAUCACAGGUAUGUAUAUCACCUGUUGCUCCGAGUAGGAAAGUAGUUAUAGAGUCUGUUCUGAGGUAGUCUGUCUCAGUUUACAAAAGAUUACAGGUAAACCUUCAUUGUUCAUUUUACACUCAGCUAAUUAUCAGAGUACCAGCUAGAGCCAUAAACUUGAUGACAUAAAAUACCGAUGUUAAAGGGAUAUUCCGGCGUAAAAUUAAUUUAGGGUCAAACACACCGCAACACCAAGUUAGACACCCCCAUAUCAAUCAUUUUGCACUGCAGACGCUAAGGCAGAAGAACUACUGCGUCUGCAGUGCAAAAUGAUUGAUAUAGUGAUUAUUACUUCAAGGAAAUGAUAAAGUAAUUAUCAUAAAUGUUCUUCCUUGAGCUGCUUCACCCCGCAGCAGUCCGUAAUGGACUUGCCCGAGGUCCUGGAGCAAGCAUCAUAAAAACAGAUCUUUCAGUCAAACUACAUACAUAGAUGAUUUACAAAUACUGUGCAGGAGUUUAAGCCUUUUUUCUCUGUUGUAGCUAUCACACUCUGGAGUUCUUCAAACAGAAAUCAGAGGUUAUGUGUCUUUUUCGAGUUUGGUUUGUGCUCCCGGGUCACGGCUCAGUUUCCUCUUCACUGCGUGGUCAGGGUUCACAGUUCAGAGGAUUCUCAUGUAAGACUGUAUUUUGUAUUCAGCCCACAGCUCCUGAACCCUCUGAACUGUCUUCACCUUUUUUUAUCCCCAGACUGUCAACAAUCUUUUCUCAGCUCCCAACCUCUGCCCGUGUUUUCUGGGUCACCGAGGCCGGGCGUAAACACAUUUCUGUUUUUUGGCAACUCAGGGGGGAAACCCAGCAGGGGGGGAGAGAUCAGAACGACUUUCAUGUCCCCAAAAGUGGGAGAAAAGAGAUCUCAGCUCUCCCCCGUGGAGUCAAUCAAAUCUAAAGGAGAGAUCGAGCUCUGCCAACAAACACAGCACUUAAAGAUGAGCAAACAAAUGAAGGUUGCUUUCUGAUUAUCUUGAGACUGAAGUCACAACGAGACACCAUGAAUCCGCAAAAAAGUGACGGUGCAAUAUUGCAAGAGACAACUUGUUGAUAGCAUCACAUGGACAGGAAGCUGGUCAUAAGAGAAAGCCUUUAUAGAAGGGCGGCUGACAGCGUGAUAGCCAUCAGAAAUGUCCCAGAGAGAGGCUCCUGCAAGGCCUGAUGGGAAAGCGGGAGAUAAAGGCUGAUCCAGUGUGCCGUCUCUGCAGAUUGAACCCGCGGUCAGUGCCGAAGUUUAUUUAGGAGAGAAAGGAAAGAUAAAGCUCAGCUGCUGGAUCCUCAGCUCCCUCUUGAUGUGAUUUAAAGAGAGAAAUAGUGUUUAGUAGAGAGGCAGAAGACCUUAAUAAAACACAAUUACACAUGCUAUGAUCUGAGGUGAUGACAACCUCCAUCUAAUGAAAGAGACUGAUGGAGAUUUCCAUUUGUUUUGCAUUGAGAUGUAAACAAACAGGGUUAGUGGUAUCCACAUCUAACAGGGGGAAGGUAAUCACUAAAUCACUUAAAGGGAUAUUCCGGCGUAAAAUUAGCUUAGGGUCAAACACACCGUAAAACCAAGUUAGACACCCUGUCGAGAGAUGAAUGUUGCAGACCGCUUGCUUCUCUAGUUAUACCAACUUAAGUAUCGACCGCUAGUAACUAAACACAACUCACCCACUUUCUUUCAGCAGCUGCUUGUUUGUAUGGAGACCUCCGGGCGAGUCCAUCAACUGCAGCGGGGUUACGCAGCUCAAGGAAGAACAUUUAUGAUCAUUAAUUUCCUUGAAGUAAUAAUCACAAUAUUAAUCAUUUUGCACUGCGGACGCGGUAGUUUUUCUGCCAUAGCGUCUCGGUCUGAUUGCAUUUCCAUGAGGAAAUUAUCAUAAAUGUUCUUCCUUGAGCUGCGUCACCCCACUGCAGUCGAUUGACCCGCCUGAAGGUCUCCGUACAAACAAGCGGCUGCUGGAAGAGAGUGGGUGAGUUGUGUUUAGUCUCUUUGCUAAAAAAAUUAUGCAAAGUUAAAAAGAUGUUUGGUGGGUAGUGCUGUGACUGGGACCCUAUAUGUACUGUUGAUGAAGUUAGGUGCUGUUCUGAGCAUUAUUUGUGGCUAUAGAGUCGGGUUUUGGUUGAGCGCGUGGCUCUCUUUAUUACUAUCGUGCGGUCGUUACUAAAGUUGGUAUAACUAGAGAAGCACGCAGUCGGCAACAUGCAUCUCUCGUCAGAGUGUCUAACUCAGUGUUACGGUGUGUUUGACCCUAACUCAAUUUUAUGCCAAAAUAUCCCUUAAACAAAACAAGAAAAAUCUCUUUGACCAUGCCUACCAUCGUGGAGCUUAUCAGUCUGUGCAGAUCUGUGUUUAUAUAUAAAUCUGGGUGUGGCCCUCGUCUUCAAAAAGCAAUCUCUUGAUGAAGAGCAGCAGGUAGAAACUAUGAUUUGAUAGACUCCUUGCAGCAGCAAGUGUACAGGCUUAUCUUUGCUACCCUGUCAGUUCCUAUAUGAGAUCAUAACAUAACAACUGAUCACAGUGUUAGUCCAGGCAAGCUACAAAGUCAAACUCAGCCUACAUUUCAUCAGCUGAUCUUAAAGCCAGCCCAUAUCAUUUAAAAGCCCAACCAAUUACCUUUGAUACCGCCAAUCGGCAGAUGGCAAAAUCACGUUCUGUGUAAACUCCUUCAGCCUACCUUCUCUUGUUGCUUCUUCCACAAACCACUUUGCAACCCUCCAUCCCACUUCUUCCUUUUUAUGCAGUCCGGUUUUACCAGUAAAAUUGCUUACUUGAAAUGCUAAGUGCUCCAUUUUCCUCACAAGCUAGUCUCAGUGGUUUGCUUUUAGGCGCGUACCAGUGGAGGCAAACAUUUAGAGAGAAGUUAAAACAGUAAAUUUGGGACCGGGCAGAAGAGAGCAGCUGAUUGAGGUGUUAGUUUGCUGCAGGUUCAUCUCUAUCAGUGAGUCCUUCCUCAUUGGCACCUUUUUCAACAUUUUUUGGCUUGUGUAACUCAUGCAUGAAAGUUGGCUAUGCAAACAGAAGAAGUUUAGUUUCAUCUUAAACUUGUCUUUUUAGCACUCUCCCCCUGAAGUAGACACAAAGUGCUCAUUAGAACCUCACGUCUCCUUACUUUCACUUUUUCAAUUCCUUUAAGUGCAGUCCAGUUCAAUCUCAGGAGCCGUGCCAUCAUGACCAGUAAUGGAGGAAACUGCGAAUGAGGCGAUACUCUGAUGAGACAGCAUGUAGCAACUGAGAGCCUCUCUCAUUUGCAGCUAAUUGAAGCUGUUAACGUCUAAUUUGUUGCCAUCGAGGCCGUCUGGCUGGAGGGGAAACCUGGCAGCAUGUAAUGCCACGCUUAAACUCUCAGACUAACACUCCAACCUAAGCGAGCCCUCACAGGUACACAGGCAGGGCCCUGAAUAUUCAUGCUGUCUCUGCUGUUUGUGUCUCGCCCUCCUCCGCAGGACCUGGAUGACAUCGAAGACGAGAACGAGCAACUCAAACAGGAGAACAAGACUCUGCUGAAAGUGGUCGGUCAGCUGACGAGGUAGAACUGCACCCGCCUGGACCCUACACAGACAACGCAGAUGAAUGGAGCAUCUCUAUUCUGUCCUCUCUCCUGACCUCCUGCCCUGGGUCACAGCCCUUUUUCUGUUUGAUUCUGUCUGUUUAACUAGUUUCCCUCAGCCUCACAGCCUUUAAAACACAUCCCCCGAGGAGGAUUUCUUCCACUUGUUGUGAAAGCUGAGGGACCUAGCGGCUAUGGUUGUCCUGUCUAAACAGUCUCACAGGGACUCUCUGUCAUCGUCUCCAUAUUUAAUGUAAAUGUAUUGUACAUAGGCCAUUAAGAUUGUUAAUUUUUAGAUUUUUGAUAAGGUCUUUAAAGCAGAAGUCAAAUGAAUGUAUGUGCAGCACAAAUGAGCACACAAAGUCUGCAGAGGUUAAAAACUGUCCUGUGGUUGGAGGAAAGAAAAAUUUGACAGUCUUUAUUUUUUUGGAAAUCAUGGAUCCUCUGCUCUAAAAAAGUGGAGGGACCACUAAGCUUGUUGUCAGCAAACAGUUAAAUUUAUAAAAGAUUUCCAGAGAAACACUUUAUAAUAACUAUCCAUUAUAACUAGUUAAUAGAUCAUUAGUAAACUGUUAAUUAAUGAGUUAUUAAUGACUCGUUAAGUGUUUGUUAAUAGUUUGUUAAGGAUUUAUAAUCAUGCCUUCUAGAUAGUUAAUAUAUCGUAUCAUAUUAUAUAUAUCAUAAACUGUUAGUUAAUGAGUUACAAAUGACUUGUUAACUGUUAAUGAUUUAUUACUAUACCUUAUAAAUUAGUAAUAGAUCAUGAACAAGCCAUUAGUAAAUUACUCACUUGGGUAAUUUGGUCAUAAUAAUUGGAACGUUAUUCUUAAGUUGGAACUAUUCCUCAUGAGGAAUAGUUGCAACUUUAGAGUACCAUCCAAAUGAUUAAUAAACUAUUAACUGAUACUCAACAAGUCAUUUGUAAGUAAUUUACUAAUGGCUUGUUCAUGAUGUAUUACUUAUUUAUAAGGUAUAGUUAUAAAUCAUUAACAUACAGUUAACAAGUCAUUUGUAACUCAUUAACUAACAGUUUAUAUGAUAUAUUCACUAUCUAUAAGGCGUCAUUGUAAGUCUUUAAACUGUUAACAAACACUUAAGAAGUCAUAAAUAACUAAUUAUUUACAGUUAACUCAUGAUCAAUUAACUAGUUAUAACGGAUACUUAUUAUAAAGUGUUACCGAUUUCCAGUGUUGUGAUGUUAGACCUUUUGAUAGAGAGUGGUGGAGUUUCUGUUUCAAGAACAUUGGACCAAAUUUAACAUAGUUUCUUCUUCAUGACCAUCAGCCAAAGUGGGCGAUACAUGUGCAAUUUUUAUUUGUCAAACCUUUAAAAAAAGUAGUUAAAGCCUGGUGCUUUAAUAAGAAACAGUAGAACCUGAUUAACUGUUUUUUUUUUUAACACUUUGGUACAGCCGAACGGGGCAUCUACAAACCCUAAAAAGUAAAAAAUCUAAUCUCAUUAUUUCAGAUGUAAGAUGAACAAAACUUGCAGCAAACUACAUCCUUCACGCAUUUCAAAGUGAACAUCUGAGUGUGAAAGUUGUCCCUCAUGAAACGUUUCAGGGUUAAACCCUUUCCCUAGUUAAAUAUAUAUAUGUGGAUUCUUUUUAAGAGCAUUUUCCUUCCUGUAAUUUGUUUACAAGUUAUCUCUUUGUGAUAUUUCAUAGACGUUUUAGCUGCUCUGUUUAUGGCAUCUAAGAUGUGUGGAGUGAGCUACAGUGCAUUUUUUUUGUAUGAUAACCAAAAUGAACUGAAGGAAGAUACUUUAUGAAAUGCAUCUCUCUUGUUUACUGAAGGGAACAGGCUUAGCUGCUUAGUUUCUGUUUUUAAAUCCUUUUUUAUCCCACUGAGAGGCUGCACACUGAGCUCCUCUGUGGUGAUUAAUCAAUAGAACGUAGACAGUCAAUAGAUAGUCCUGCUUUCUUAUACAUGCUCACAUUUUUGGGGGUAAAGAUCAUCCACUCUCCGACAGACACCACAAACCCAUCUCUCUUACCAUUACAUUAUGCAUGUACAGAAGAUUAAGACAUUUAAUAAAAGUUUGAUUAUCUCUCUCCUCA